AUGCACUCGAGUCCGCCGGUCCGCGUCGGAUUCUCCGUCCGCGAUUUACUACGGGUUCUCUUGGUUUGUCUUGGCCUACAUAUCGAAUCCUCAUGGGGACUCCGGUGGUCUGAUAGAGACACCUGGGUUGAAAGUGGCGCAACUGUGGUGGAGGAAAUAGCCGAUGGGUCUGCGCUAAAUAGGACAACUAGAGAUCUGUUGGAGGAGGAACUCCAGUAUCCCUGGAUGCCACACUUUGGUGAUGAAAGAUACAAGCAUAAGCACGGUAAGUCAUUGCCAGUCAGGGCAAUAAAAUUAAAACAGUUAUUCAAUGAGAACCUGAAUACAGACCAAAUCUGUCUUCCACAAAUCUAGCCUGUCUUACGAAGACGUAACAAAAAUUCGGAAGUGUGUUUUCGGUGAGAAUGGGUUGUCUCAGUGUGGUUGUAAGAUUAAUGAUUGUGCAACAUAAAAUACGUUUUAGUCCUGCCGAAAUGCCAGCUUCGAAUGAGCUUCUUCCCGGCUUCCAGCAAAACCUGCAUUCAGCAAAAUACCCACUCAAGUAGCUUGAGUUUUUUACAUUGACGUUCGGUGGCUUUUUAAAUUCAAAUAUAUUUCAUUAAGGACAUGCACAAGAGAUUUUUCUGGUGACAGUUUGAUCGCAAAUUACGUCUUUUUAAAAUUUUAUGCUUGAAAAAAGGGCAUAUUUCCGUUUCGAAAGCGCUCGUAAUUAGGCGAUUUCUAAAACCAUGUACCAUAUCUGUACGUUUACGAUUGUUGCUCAUGAAGCAUACAACAUAGUUCACAUCCAGUGCAAAAUUUCAUGAGCGGUAUAUGACGCCUUCUCAAUAGCGUAGAAAGGUGUGUGCUUUCGCCUACAUGGGAAAUAUACGGCACGCAGUUUGGAAACCCCAAGAUCAAAUGCAACUGCGGGUUGGGCUCAAAAUUAGUCGGGAAUUAAACGUUUCUUAGUACAUAAAUACACGCUUUUCCCAAGCACAGAAUUCGAAGAAGACACAGUUUGCUACCAGAUAAGUGCAAGAAAGAAUAUUGUUAUUCAUGGUUUCUGUGAGGCAUGUUUGAAUUUACAAUGGCAUCGAAAUUUAAUGGAGAAAAUGCAUACUACUUGAGUAACCACUUAAGCCCAGUGCGGCCUUUGCAGGCGGCUGGAAUGAAGCUCUUUCGAAAGGUGACAUCCUGGCGAACCGAAAUAUUUUGGGAUCGUGGUGCGCGAUAGUCAACAUGAAAACCCCAAUUUAGGUGACCUGUUUCAAUCAAAAAUAAAUUUCGGGAUUUCCAUCAACAUUUCAUGAGAUAGGCAAGUUACUGUAAGUCGUUCCAACGGUGAUCGGAAAUGUGCGGUUGAAUGCCCGUGCUAAAGGGAAAAAUAUAGAGUUCGUGCAAAGAGUCUUCGAAGUCAAUGAAAGAGGGUUUGGUUUCUUUCGGUUCCAAGAAACUAAAACGCCGUUAUUCAAUGAGCCAUUCUUGACAUAGAUUAACUAUGCGAAUAGUCAACCCAAACCAGAUCUAUCAGGAAUACCACAGAAAUUCUCUUUGAGCUUUGAGUUUAAACCAUUUCAAGUAUGUUUGUACAUAAAUACGUAAUAGAAAACGAAUUUUCCUUAGCCUGAAUCCAGGGAGAAACCUUCCGCUAAAGUUUUCUAAUUGAAAAUAUGGAAACUUUUCAAGCAAAAAUGUUAACAAAGGUAGCAUCUUUCUUGGCAAUAGUCGCAAGGUGCAGAGGGCAGCACAAAACCUAAUUCUAAUGCUCCUUCGAGCAAAAAAUAUGAAGAUGAAGUGGUUCCCUAUGAAACGAGUGAAAGAAAGCAUAUUUUUGUUAGCGUUUCUUGUAAACUAUAUUUGAAUUUGCAAGGCCAUCUAAAAUAAAUGGGAAAGACGCAUGCUAAUUAAUUAGUCGUUUUUUGCCGAGCACAACUUCCACAGGAGAUUGAAAAGACAUGCAUUCAAAAGCCGACUUCCUGCCGAGUCUGAAAUAUUAGAGGAUUACGCCUCACGAUAAUCAGUAUUGCAACCCCACCUAGUUAAUCCUUCCUAAUCGAAAACGCAUUUCAGAAUUUUGGCGAACAUUUCAUGAGAUCGGUCACUCACUGUAAUUAGUCAUUUUUUACAGACUGUAAUUUUUGCAUGCGACCGGAAAAAAGUUCGUUCGAAAGUCGGCAUCCUGUGGUAAUUGGAUUGUUAUCGAAUUAUGCUGCAGGAUGAUGAAUUUUACAACGCUACUUAAUUAAUCUUUUCGAAACGAAGACGCGUUUCAGAAUUUCGGUUGACAUUUCAUGAGUUAGCCCAGCCACCGUAUGCCAUUCCAAAAUUAGGACAAAUCAGUGAAGGUCCUUCCCACUUUGCGCAGAUCUUACACCAUUCUAGUUGGACUUCGGACGAUACGACGCUCUUCAUUCCCAGGGCGUGGAGUUUGUUGCUGAAGUGACUGUCUCCUCCAAAUCCGUUAGGGCUUUGACUCAGGACACGGUAACAUUAGUCUUGCAACUGAUGAACCUUAAACACAGUCUUUUGAAUCAAGCUUUUAGGGUCCGACUAAGGGUUGAGUAAUUUCUGAGGCACCUGCUUCUUAGAGGAACAGUGAUCAGUGUGUGUAUACUGGUCGGAAGACGCUUGUUUGCAAGCAGAGAGUGAAUUAAGUGGAGUUUACUGCAUUUGCGCAUUAAAACAUUAUUGAGUGAUUUCGUGUCUGUAGAAAGAAAGGAACAAUGGCAAAUGUGAAAGGGGCUAGUUGGGAACUAUGGAAACAGCCAAAGUUGUAUCAGAACGACGCACAGCAUUGCAAUUUCAACUUUUUGAACGAACCUAAAAUGCAGCCUGAGAUAUCAGUUUGACACAAAGUUCUAAACAGGUUUCAAGAGCGGUUGGAGUUAUAGCGUUAGGUUCACGAUGGGACCACUCCGAUGCCGCUGGACAGAUAGUCGAACCAUAUAUAUAUACUUCUUGCUGACUGUGGGAGCGGUGCGCGUAUAUCUUCAUCGGUCUGAAUCUACUCCUGCUACUGGAAUAUCAGCGAAGUAGGAAAAGAGAGAGGAGAUGAGAUCGCCACUGGACAAUUUUCUAAUUUGGAAUUUCAAUUGACGAUAGGUAGAAGUAUUCAGCAAGACUAGAUUUCCUGAAUUCUUAAGUCGAAAAAUGUGUACAGAAACCACCGGUAUUGCGCGGUUACAAAAGACGUCCAGGCAAGCAACAUGCUAUCCUUACUUAGUCAACCGUUAACGUGAUACCUUAAAAGGAGCCAGUCGGUGUGCGUCUUGAUCAAGACAUUUCGUCGACGAUAAAUGCUUCUCGUAAAUUGAUUUAUCUUCUCAUUCACCCGAGGAUUUCUUUUUAAGAUGAUUGACGUGAAAAUUUUGCUUUAGUAACGAACCUCAUGUUAUUCCUUUCAGUCUGCAGGGGAAUGGCAAGCUGGCACAAGACGCUGUUUAACAAUUAUGAACUACUUAAAAGCCAUUUCAGUGCCAAGUGCACUCACGUUGUUGGGAACUUGGUGAUUGCAAAAAUCGGAAGCGGUGAGUCACCAUCUGAACAGCCCAUUACAUCCAAAGAGUCUAAUAUACUGCUUACUCUUUUUGCAGUCCGCAUUUUUGGACAGUCCAUUAUUCUUCAGCCCUACAAGUGCUUUCCACAGCGGCAGCUAAUGUUCGUUAACAAAAGUCGCAGAAAGCCACUAGUAGAAACGGGACGUACUCAAACCAGUCUAUCUCUGCGCGAGAGAAGCUGCCCCACGGGCGAUAAAGAACCGAUUGCCUCUCAAGUACGAUGAUCCACUUGGGUGUCAGUGACUCUACGAAUUUCAGUUUCCUCGACAUGCGACUAACCGCCCCCCCCUGCAUACCUUUCCAGCUUUCUAGGCUUUAUAGGUGUGUGACUGUGGAUUCUGCCCUGUCCUUAGGUUUGUGGGCAGUUUCUGAACAAUGAUGCUGUGUUGAGAUCCGGUUUAGCGGCGGCUACAGACACCCAAAUGGGUGAAUCAGCAUUGGGUUCCAUAGUGCCCUCCCCAGUUUGCAUUAAGUCGAUUGGAUCUAUCGAUAAAUCUGGGGUAAACAGCGCCGGGAUGGCGGCCUUUGAAGAAGCCUUCUUCAGGCCGCCUGCAAAAAUUACGCUCGGUACAAAAAUGAAUAGUAGGACUGGCUUAUGUGGCCUCCUAAGCAGGACAUGGGGAUGGGUACGUCUCCCCCCAACUAAUAAAGGUGGACCUGUGCACAAUUCCGAGAGGACAAAAUAUUUCCGUAUCUCAACCCCAGCAGGGACCACUAAACCGUUGUCUUAGUCUUGGCCCUAACCCCACCUUAAGCCUUAACUCUGCAGCUAAAGCUAGACUUGAUCCUGAAUAACGGUACCGUUAAUUUUAACUAUACUAGCUUCAAAUCUAAUCCUAAAUUUAACUCUAUCUCUAGCCCUAAUUUCAUUUGAUGUAGGCCCAAAGCCGUCCGCAUUGCCUGCGUUCCCUGUUCUCACGUCCUGUUUGAGGGCCACAUAAGUCAGUUCUACCAAAUUAAUACUCAAGUAGACUAAUUUUUUCACUCUGAUUUGCGAAUUCCUUACAAACUGGAAUAUAUUUUGUGGAAAAAAUACAUAGAAUAUUAUUUGUUUCAUCUUUUGAUAGAUAAUUUCGUCUUCUUCAAACUCCAUACUUGAAAAAGAGGUAGUCUCCGAUUCGAAGAAUGUUCGUAAUUAUGAGAUUUUUAAGACAGUGGAAUGUCUAUUCAUCUAACAUCGUUUUUAUCCGCUCACAGAUGUUAUUUAUGAGGUAUGCACCAUAGUCCAGAUGUAUUGCGAAAUUUUAUGAGUACACCGUAAAGGUGUAUGGUUUUCACUGCACGUGAAGUAUGAGGAAAGUAGUUGGGAAACUCCAAGCACAAACGCAACUGCAGACUGAUUUCGAAAUUAUUUGAGAAUUUAGAAAGUUUAUCUUUCCUGGCGUAUAAAGUUUUAUGAAGACGUAAUUUUCUGUCAAAUGAGUACAAUAAAGUAUAUUUUUGAACACAUCUUCUACAAAAUAUAUUUCGACUUAUUAGGACACCGAAAAAAUAAGGGUAGAAUUUACACCACUUAAAUUAUCAUUCUCAAUGGGUGUAGUUUUUGCAGGUGGCCGGGAAGAGACCCACUCGAAUGCUGGCAUCCCGGUGUGACUGAAAUAGUUUGGGACUAUGUCGCGCGAUAAUCCAUAUUACAAUCCGACGCAAUCAGUCAUUUCCAAUCAAAAAACAAAUUGCGGAGUUUCAGUUAUCAUCGCAUGAGAUGGGCCAGCUACUGUAAGCCUUUAUCACCCCAAAUGAUCAGUGCAGGCCAGUUAGUGGGAAGCAAAGAUAAAAUUAGACAAUAAUCGACAGGAUUCUGAUGUGAGGGAAAUAAAAAAAAACGCAAGAAACCAAGCACAGUGUCGAAGAGAAUGCGAAACUAGAGGAUAAAACAAAGCACCACUAAAUGAAUCCCCCUGAUAACAGCGUUCUAGGCAGCGUUUUGGGCAACCUCUUGCAAAUCACACAUAAACUGUCUAUGGGAAAUGGACAUGCAUGUGCAUACCUAUGCUAAAGAUUGUCCCUGCGUGAGGUAUGGAUCAGCAGCGCCGUCGAAACAAAUAUUUACGCGACGCUAUCCACUGACCACCAUUUGUCAUGAUCGAAUGAAAUAAUAAUGAUAGUUCGAUCGUCACAAGAGUCGAUGUCAACCACACGCCCCCCACGGAGCGUGCCCUACAACGGCGCCUCGCGCGGGAAUUAGUUUACUGUGGGACAGGCUUGCGCAGCAUCUACGCCAUUCUCCCCCCCCCCUCCCCCCCAUCCGCCCACCCAUCCGUCGCCAUUCGGCAAGACACUGUCAGGACGACCGGAGGCUGGUAGGGGCACAGUGGUUGACAAAGCGUGCCCCACACGACUUGGUUCCCACAGAAAGUACAAGGCUUUCAUUAGGCAGGAGCCAUUGUAGCCUGACCCUCAGAGUAGGCAUAAAUCAAGUCGGACAUGGUCUCCACGAGCCAGUAACUUCUGGCAUGGCUUCCUCUUAACAUGACCUUUAUUGCGCUGUCACUUGGGUGAGAUUUAAGUCGCCUGAAGCAUGUAGUGGGAAGCAGGUUCCCUAUUCGCUUGAUUAUUAUCUGAAUUCCACAUGCCAGAAACCGCACAGAAGACGCAUGGGGACCCGCUGAGGAGCCGAAACCUUCGCAGCUGAGUCAUGCAGCAGCAGAAACAUCGGCGAAACACGGGUCCGAGAUUUCAUCUAGUAGCCAUGUCGGGGGCCGUCGUAUACACAUAUAAAUAUGAAAAAGGAAAAGGCGCAUCGGAAAAUCGAGUUGUACUCGUAAAUUCUCAAGUCGGUGACACUGACCCGUCGUCAGACGAAAUGAACAGAGGGGAAAGUUAAAUCGGCAGACUUGGUCGACUGGCGCGACAGGACAGACAAGAACAAACAGACAGCUGAUGCGUGAGAGGGGUGCGCACGGAGUGACUGUGGGGCAGGGGGAGGGAAGGAAGAACCGUUAGGGCUCCCUGUGUUGGAGGUGGAGAAAACGCGGUGGGAUUGCGGAUCAGUGUGAAUGCGGGCGGCUGGUCACUGAUGCGGGAUGUGGUCAGGGGGCAAUGCGCCGGCGUUGGAGGUAUUAGGAUGUUUCGGUUGUUGUUCACCGUGUCGCAAGGGCGGGGGAGCGGAAUGGCUAAACAGCAUACGUCAAUAUGGCCGAGUGGGGGUUAGCAGUUGUUAGGGUGCGGGAACGUCACCGACUUGAAAAUUUACGAGUACAACUCGAUUUUCCGAUGAGCCUUCUCUUUUUCAUUAUAUCACCUCGGAAUGCACACCACAUCAGUUAUUCCACAUAUAUGUAAACUAAUUUACGCGCAAGUCAGUUGUCGCGCCGGUGAGGAGUAAGUAUUUGAUGGGGGUAAGAAAGUGCUAACCGCUUUUAACCUAUUCACCAGCGUCUUAACACUCCUGCUUUACCGGCAGACGUAUGCACUCUAUCUACCAUUAUUUCGAGUAUAUUCUUGUUGCCUGACUGUUCUCCAUACCAAACUUUUUAAAUUGAGCAUUCCUCUUACUGAAUAAUUACGUGUCAGGUGUGCAGAACAGUAAAGUAGUGUAGAUAUUUUAGCUGUGCCGGUUUCUCGGGGCGGUACCGGUCAGCGAAUGUCUUCCAGCCGACGAAGAUCCGAUGGAAAACUCCUCAGAACAACACCCUCUUUGAAAAAUAUUGUAGGCAGUUCUCCAUAGUUUUUCCUCAUUCCGCGCAUAUACUUAAUCCCCACUCAUGAAAUAAUUUGAAGGUAUGCGCGAACGUGCCCACUCCCUACUCCCCUCUCUUUUCUGGUUCACAUUCGUUAUUGGUUGCUUGGUUUUUUCUCAGUCCUGCCUGUUGUUGCGUGUUUGAAAACUCUACCACCCGGAUCUAGAAAUGUUUUACUAUGUAAUCAUAAGAAUUCGGUUUGAGCCAAAGUCUACGCGUAUGCUUUACUUGAAACAUAUCGCUGAUGCGAGGAACAGUUCUCGAAUCUACUGCAUGUUUCUUAAAGUACUCAUUUACGAUUUUCUAGCAGUUCUCGACUUCCACGGGAAAUUUUGAGCGUUGGACCCAAGUAAACCUGAAACCGGACGAAUUUGUUUACUUGUUUUUCCACUUAAUUAAUUGCGUAGGUCUCUUCCAAUGCUCCACACUCUUUGUAAAUGUACUUGGCGCUGGAAUGACCGCCAAAAGUAUAUGCUUUGCCAGUUUAAACACGCUUUACUUGAUUUCAGGGAUGUUAAAGGAUGCUGUCUGUAUGUCGUAAGGUUACAUAAAAUAGUGGUUGUCACUAUGGCACGAACAGUCUUAAUAUUAAAAUCUGCUUAUCAAUCGGGUCAUCUAAUUGCAUUGUGCGUCUGGUGAAUCUAUGCACGAACCGACAGAGUAAACUAGAAUAGACACAUUUGCGAACUUCACAGUGAAUUUCGGGACCACAACAGCGAAUCAUGAUCUAACGAAGACCUCGGCAAUCCGCCGGUAAACACCGAGGGAACGACUGUAGGCCUGCCUGUCACUCUGAGUGAUGCCCGUCUUAACUACUAUUAUUGGCCAGAGUCAGUAAUAAAGUUAAGGCUGGUAGUCGUUGUGCGGUAUUUUCCACUCAGUCGUUCACGACAACAAUAAUAACAAGUCAGUGUCAGUGUCUAAGCGCAAGGAUCGGCAACUCGAAGGUCCCCAAAUAAAAAGACAGAAACGACAGAGUUACUAAACAACCUUCACUGAGAGGAGGACGUUCACGCAGUUUAGCAGGCAGAAGCAGCAAGUUGCCUCUCCAGCCGUUUCGGCCGUCCAGGUUGUUCAGCCUGGCGCGAAGUGGGCGCCUGUGCCUGAGCUUCGUGCGGCUGCGACCAAUCGAUGAAUACGAAUGGAUCGAUCGGCGUCACGUAGUCGGCGAGGCGAAGGUUGAGUCACACGCGCGUACUCAGUCCUUGACAGGCUUGCUAGGCGGAUCGAAGGUAAGCAGCCGCGCUGUCGAUCGCGAGAGUGGACAGCUGCAGUAAGCCCCGCCUAGGUCAAAGGCCGGCGUAAAAACGAUGCCGAAGAUGAAUGCAAUUUCGAAACAGGUUGAUGGUAAGGGGGGGGGAAAGGCACUCGACGACUGCUACGAGUGAUGCGAAUAUCAGUGGCAUUGGAAUAGUCGCGAUCAAGGGGACGGAGAAGAGGUUGACGGUGCAGGAGUAGGAGGUGGUAGGGGAGGUGGAGGAGCAAGGAGUAGGGGCUCAGCUCAUUUCUGCCCUUGGGGCAGGUCCAGCGGCUCCUCUGGGAUAGCAGCCCCGACCCCGCCGACGCAGACCGCGGGACUCCGGCAAGUCUUGGUAUUGCGUGAGAGUGUCCAUAACGGUCCUUUGCAUGGUGAUUUUGACGUCUUACGCACACAGUCAGACCGAACGAACGCACAAGUGCAGUCGGCCAGGCCUUUUUCGACGCAAGGCUCGGUCGGUGGAGUUCGCAUCGGAACCGGGGACAGCCAACGCAUAAAUUGUCGCAAACGAUGCGCAAAGUUGGCAGAACUCUCGUCGGCACCGUGAGAAAUUUGGAUGACCAUUCCCCGCGGACAGUCGGGGGAUAGUGCCGACCGUGGCCGCGUCUCGGGUAAAGUACGGUUUGGGAGGAACAGGUGUGAAACACCAGUAGGAAGGUUUUAUUCCGCAAAGCAGGACCUGUUGCGACGCGCGUCCUACAGGUGGGCCAAACCGGUGCGGAUGUCUAGACGGGUCAGAGCAAAUGCAAACUUGAAAUGUAGUCUGACGAGAAAGUUGACUCAGCGCCGGCCUGCCGGCGCGUGUGGACACCUGCGCGUCACGUGAUGGCGGGUGCCAGUUGUAGACGCGCUAGGCUGAAUGUGACGCAUCACAGCACAAGGGGACAAGAGUUCCCUGUGUGGAUGCGCUGCCAUUAAUGUGUCUGUAGAUGUGUUGAUGCCGAACAAGCCGAGAUUGCGACCUCGACUGAAAAAUUUAUCAGUCUGUCAUGUGACAGUGGUUCACUAAACUAGAUAAACUGAUUGAUUCAUUAGCAUACGCGGACAGGAGUUUGAGAAGCGUCUGGCUUGAUGGUCAUUUAUGACCAAGCGGUGUCGUCAGACAAUCUUGGCCUUUGCUCGGCGGUUUAAGGGCGGACAGCUAAAAGAGAAGUUUAGGGUCAUUUCAUGGUCACCUAUCACGCCCUACAUGGGGUCACCCGGCCUGUGCUAAUGACAAAGACCCCGCGAGUCUUUCUUUGCCAGACUGACGCUUCUACCCAUGUGAAUAAAAAGGCCUCUAUUGUUUAAAAUUUCUAGAUGAGGACCUCUCCUUUUUGGACCAGAUUGAAGAAGUUUCGGGUUAUGUUUUUAUCUACGGAGUUACUCGACCGCGACUGGUAUUAAAGAGUUUGCGAAUUAUCCGCGGGGAACAGGCCGUGGGAUACCGCGGCCAGCAGUUUGCACUCAUGGUUUCCAGCAACUACGGGAUACCUCAACCGGGCAAAAAUGGCUACUUCUUGGAGGACCUGGAGUUGCCUUCACUCAUUGGUAUGUUCAUAGUAUUUCAAGAGACCUACUAUCCAUCCUUUUGUUCCAAGAAGCAACAAAAGACAGGAUGAGUCAGAAAAGUAGUCUGCGGUCUACAUCGAAAUGCCAGAGUACAAUGCCAUCACAAACACUGAAAAAAUGACGCCACAUCGGUAUUUUCGACAUAUGUGCUUUAAGUUAUGUGGAGAUGCAGCCUCACUGGUCUGGUUCUAAGUGGAGGAGGGGGGUUGGACGCGUCCGUUUAAUUUCACUUGGAGUUCAAGUACAGAAUCCGACUCAGACUCUCAGCGGCCAUUCGAUUCGGGCCCAAAUCUCAGAGCCAGCUGAUAAUAGCAACACACACUUAGGACAAACGAAUUUUUAAUUCAGCGUGUACGAUACGAUCCAGUUGACGUCUCAGGCACAAGUGAAAACUCUUAGCUCAUUAUUUAUCACGGAAAUGGUUAGAAAAAGGUCCAUGGAGCCUGGAGAUACGUGAUUCUUAACGAAAAUUGCCAAAAAUAAUCAUUUCCGUCCUAUCUGGAACGUAAAGAGGUGCAUAAGUGAUCUGUUUCGUCCCGGGACUGGAACAGGGGGGGUUCGCACCAUGUCUGGCAAACAAGGAAACGAGAAGCAAAUUAUGCUGACCUCUUUCUUGAGAUGAUUCGGUUACGUUCCCACCUCUAACUGAGACAUAUUGAUUGUUGAACCCAGUUAGAAAAACUUCGGGGCGAAAUAGGGUUACUCACACAGCUCCUGUUAUGCACUCCAAAAAUAUGCGGUGAACGCACAUUUGAGGCUUGAAGUUGCCCGAACAGUGGAUCAAUGAAUUCAACUCCACGGUAGGUUACUUGAUCUCCUAGCGGUAAUGAUUUUUAGCAGCUACUGCAACGCACAAGCCACCGUCUCGUUAGCAUCCCUGAUAUUACCUACAUCCCUACCCUCAUUCUUAGCCUGACUCCGGAAAUAACAACUCCCACCAUCAACAUCAUCCUUCCUGUCAGGCAUACUGUCCUUAUCACUAAGCCCUUGCUUUUUACAGCCAUUCUACACAACGGUGUGCUUUUUGUCGACAAUCCGGGUCUCUGUUUCGCACCCUUCUCAAUCAACUGGCAGGACAUUCUGGAGUAUCCGGACUUUCAGCCCACUCUCUUUAUUCCCGUGCAGGACUCCAUGAGCACUGAGGAGUGGCUCGCUCGUUGCUCCAGUCUGCACGAAAGCCCGCCGACGCAAACAACAACACCAACAACGGAGUCGACCAGCCUAGCGAGUCUGGCGACCCUCGAAACCACGAUGACCACAGCCGGUGGGGAAGCCAGUCGUCAGACUGAUGCCCUACCAGAAGGCCAGUGGACCGAGACGCCUAAAACAGUGCCAUCCACGGCAUCGACAGGUUUGUAAACCCGCAGUACCACUUUACUAAACUCCGAGAGUUCAUCCGUCGGUUUCGACGAUGUCCACCGUGUGUUCCACUGCAAGGUGAGGGCAGGGACGGUGACUUGCGCACGAAUUACUUUAUAGUGAUAAUAGACUAGCGCAGCAUCUACCGUACAUUCUCUCUUUUCCGCAUUCCCCACCUGAACCCAGUGUCAAGACAGAGCCAAAAAGACCGGAGGUGGGGGGAGGGCACAGGUGGCUGGCACGGCCGGAGCCGCACCUAGGUGUGCCACCACACCCCCUGGUCCACACAACAAAUGACCUGGAUUUUCCGCCAACAACAACAACAACAGUAAGGACACCCCAACAGGGGUUAGAGCGAAGAGGAUGACUAGGCAGCCAUGCCCACCGCCUGUGUACAUGGCAGAAACGAAAGUGUAUCCACCGGCAGGAAACCAAAUGUCGGGGAGCUGCCAGGGCCAUGGUUUGCUGAUACUGGCAUAGGACACGCUUACAGAUCUUUUGACUUUAAACACACGCACACACACAUAAAGACACUUUUAUAAAUGCACGCUAUUUCGUCAAUCAGGACCACCGAAGACGUCCAUUACAUAUGUGAAAAGGCCCUGACGAGCAGUGAGAGAUUUGAAAUCUGAUGUAGUGGAUUUGCACGGCGUAAACCUCAUUCUUUCUUUCCACGUCCACCGGGGGUCAGUGGCAAAAGUAAAUCAAAACUAUUGGCGACAGGUGCAAGUGUAGUCGGUGAGCCGACAUAAAGACCUGUUUUAGCAGGACACGGCAAGCUGGAGGAAGAACAACGUAAUUACUGACCGGACUGACACUCGAAAACCAGGCUUUCCAUAAAAGACGGCACUGCUGCAUGGGAGAGGGGGGAGGUCGUGGCACACCGAGGCACACGUCCGCAAAGCAGGUUAAACUACAUGGCACAAAAGUUAACCUGACUAGGGCGUGUCUAGAACUCAUAUAGGUGCCAUUUGGCUUUAUCAGCAAUUGUGUCCACGCCCACCCCCACUGACCCUGACCCUCUCUCACCAUGCGAACGCAGUGAGCUUGGGAAGGUGAACAAGCCAGAUGUGGCGUCACCCUACUUUAUUGUAAGCAGAAUCACGUGCAAGUCAUCACUUCGCCUUAUCCAGGACAGUAACGCUCCACCACCAAAGACAGUGGUAAGCGCAUUAGGUGAGUUGAUUUAUCGAAUCUGGGGAUGAGUAUCAGUAGGUUGUCUCAUUCUUCUAUUGCCCUUAAACGUGAGUUUAAAGGAGGUUGACCAAAAUCCUUAGCAGUGCUAUAGCUUCCGACUUGAGAGGGAUUGUGCUUUGGCUGUUGGAUGAGUUCGGUGACGUUUCGGUCAGGCCGACAAAGUCUGACCAAUCAUUACGCCCACACACACCUAUCCAGUCAUUUUGGCCUCAUGUUAAUGACAGGGAGGGAGGUGGGCGUCGGCAGAGGGAUAGAGAGAGGGUAAGGGGGUGAGGUCCCUGACGCAGAAGGAAAGAAAGGGGCGCGAUCAUUAGAAUAAGAAUUUUACUCGCGUGGUGUUCCCAACUCGUUCUCGAUUUCACCUCACUGCUGCCGUGUGCUCGGCGAAUCGCGUCCGGAGCAGUCUACCAGGUCCCCCGACGAAGGUGCUUUGCCCGCAACUGCGACAGAUCCAGUAAACGACUCCAAGUGUCUAUUGCCGUGGGAUCAUUCACAGUUCUUUUUAAUCUUGAGAACUCGUCUCUUGAUUUCUCUAGUAAUUCGAGCCAUAAUUACCUUAUUGCAUUAUCAGUUAUAGUUUCAGAAAAAACCUUAUCACUAAACUGCCCCAUUAGUAUUUUUAUGGAGUUAGAUAUAUCUAACUUUUAGUAGAGUUGGCAAUCUAUCUUGGUUGACGGCUCCUUAUGCUCGAAAAUGGAUGAUAUAUCAGGUUAGGCUACCGGAACAUCUUGAAUUAAGACUAUGUUGCAAGACAGAAAUAGAUCUCCUGUGUGAGCUCCAAGGGAAACUGGAAAUAUGGAACCCCGUCCUGCAAUCAGUUAAGGUCAGUGAAUUCCGCUCUCAAGUGACUUUGCAGUUGGCAGAGGUCGAGUCUGGUAACUCAGGGGGCUAGGGCGACAAAGGUGAAUAUCGGAUACCCAUUGGAUCCGAGUUCGAAACUGACUGACCAGUAAAAAAGGAGUUGUGUAUUUCAUUCUAAUACACCGAAUACCCUUAUAGAUCCCGCUCUUCAGCGAAGAUUCCGUGCUGUUUCCGAACGAAUGAACAACGAAGAAUCAUCAGACAUCCUGAAUCAAGAUGGACAUGCGACGACAACACCUGAACUUCAACCUACUUCGACGGACAAGAUUCAGGAAACCGCCAGUCCGCCAGCCGUUAAAGAACUACUAGACGCUCCGGGAGACACAGUGGAGUUAAAAGUGAAUAAACACGAUGUGGAAUUAGUAGAAGUAACGAUAACAAUGACACCUACUAGUUCUGGUAAGCGGUGCACCUUUACCCUCCAAAAUCUCGCGUCCACUUUCACUUUCAAGGAGAAUUACUUGUCCCUCUUGCUUUAUGCAGUUCCUUCAUCAAGUUUGUCUCCAACUACGGAGUCUUCGCCGCCACGUUCAUCUGUCCCUGAAAACGUGUCAGGAACACCAGAAUAUCGAGACGAAACUCCUGGACCUACAUCUGACAGCUUUACUGAUAGCAGUAAGGGCUUCGGCCCGAGUCUCCUGAAAAUUCGCUGUCACACUGCCUGUCCUGUCUACAAGAACAAACGCUACUGUUGGGGAGGUGGGAAAGAACAAUGCCAGUACUGUAAGUUUGCCAAAUGAACACCAGCACUUUGUCUCGAACUGUCUGUCCUUCAGAUUCCCGCAAGACACUUACAGUGAGUGACCGAUCGCAUGGAAUGUUGGCCGAAAUUCUGAAAUGCGUUUUCGAUUAGGAAGGAUUACUUGGUCGCGGUUGUAAUACUGAUUAUCUUGCAGCAUAAUCUUAUAACAUUUCGGACUCGACAGGAUGUCAGCUUUUGAAUACACUGCUUUUCAAUCUCUUGUAGAAACCGUACUCGGUAAAAAAUGACUACUUAUGUAGAGUGCAUUUUUCCCAUUGAUUUUCGAUGGUCUUGCAAAUUCAAAUAUAUCUUAUGGAAACAAUAAACAAAAAUAUGCUUUCUUUCAGUCACUUAAUAGAGAAUCACGUCUUCUUUAUAUUUUAUACUCGAAGAAGGAGAAUAGUUAGGUUUUAAAAUAGUUUUUUUUAAUUGGCGAAUAAUUUGGAGCCUGAUCAUUCGUUGCAUUAGCGCUUAGUGAUUUCAGUCUACAAGGUGCAUGCGCCCCGCCUAAAGGAAAUCGCAUAUUUCUCUAUGCCGUUAGAAAGAUAUCAUACAGAGUCCAUAAAAUUUUGCAAUGAAUAAAGAUUAUGUUGUACAUUUCACGAGGAGUUGUGCUAAACGGCGAGGUACGAUGCUAUGUGAAUGGACAUUGCGAGGUCCUAAAAAUCUCAUUAUUAACAACUUUUUUAAAACCUAAUUAUGCUCCUUCCUUGGGUAAAAAGUAUAAAGAAGACUUGAUUCUCUAUUAAUUCACUGUCAGAAUGCAUAUUUUUGUUUAUGGUUUCUAUAAGAUAUACUUGGAUUUAAAAGACCAUCGGAAAUCAAUGGGAAAAAUGCAUGCCAUAUAAGUAGUCAUUUUUUACCGAGUACGGUUUCUACAUGAGAUUGAAAAGCAGUGUAUUCAAAAGCUGACAUCCUGUCGAGUCCGAAAUGUUAUAAGAUUAUGCCGCAAGAUAAUUACUCUUACAACCGCGACCAGGUAAUCCUUCCUAACUGAAAACGCGUUUCAGAAUUUCAGCCAACAUUUCAUGAGAUCGGUCACUCACUCUAUUUUUCCAUCUUGAAUUGAAGCUUUAAACCUAGCGUUUGGUCACUGGUGCUACUUCAGAAACAUUUCCUUGCAUAUUAUCUGUUGGCUGUUCUUGAUCAGCUCUAGUUUAGCGAAUGGAAACUGUCUGCAAAUGCUACCACACGUGUACAUAACUGUUUUCUAAUUUAUUCCCAAAUUAAUUAAUGCUAGUAGAAUACGGAGCUGGAAGUGAGUGACAACAAAUGACUUAAACUCGGCUUCAUGCGAAUGACAAGCUGACCGCCUUUUGAAUGAUUGUAUUGAGUAGUUAUCGCAUUUCAGUGCACAAGUGUCAACAACGCGAGUGUAAUGGACCCAACCGCUGCUACAGAUGUGACCAAACCGGUCUCAUUCCGCAACAGGAAGACACUGGCUCUUGUGAAGGUUGCUGCCACGAAGAAUGUGCCGGCGGCUGCAACGGAUCUCGCGCGAGCGACUGCUUUGUACGUCUUCAAAGUAUAUUUAAUUGGCACAAAACGGUUUACUGAAUGUCAUAAGAGGCCUUUCUAGGGUAUAACGUGCGGAAGGUCGUUUGUGAUAAAUCUGUGAACGUUCAUUGCCAAUUCCUUACAAUUAAGACUCAGUAAGAAAUAUGGCAUUUUGUUCUAGCUCACAAAGGUGGUUAUUUCCUUCACAUCCGAGUUUACAAGUCAUGGUUCUGUUUAUGACUUACAAAAACUGCCCUAGUCUGUCUGACAGACUAAAUACUUCGUUGUCAUUCAGUCAUACUCCAAGGACAGGUAAGAAGGACAUGUUAGUUAAGUGGAGUUUUAAUAUGUUUUACAGUCCACCGCCAAAAUCCUGAUUUACGGUCUGCAGUCCGACAGUUAUGACUUCACCUGGCUGUAGGAAAGAGUGUGAACGUUUCCUUUGGAGAAGGUCUCCUUAUUACUACUAGACCAUUAACUAUCAAACGAUUUACUCAACAAACAAUGAAAGUUUUAGCAAGUCAGAAGUGGCCAUUUUGAAGGAUAGUUUGAUACUGUCGGUUAGUCCUAGUAACCACAUCCGGAAGCUAUCAUUGUUUGCAAGACAAUGAACUUCAGCGGGAGGAAAACCAACGCUAGAUUCUGAAGUCUAGAUCCCGCCAAAGAAGAACUUGUAUAAUGACCUAGCUUGCAGAGAAAUGGUUCACUAGAAGGUAUUAGAACAAAUAAUGAGGCAUGCACAAUGCCACAAAGGUUUACAAACAAAAAUACGAAUACCAGAAUGUCCAUUUCUGGCACAUUUUUCGUCAUCCGCCAGCAUUACCUCAAACACAGGCCGCAUGCUCUAGUCAGUUUUCCGUUGAGUUACGUGCUCAUCGCUGUAUUAACGCGCUCGCAAAAACCUUUACAUUUUAUCCAGCGACCAGUUAGUUUUAAAUCGUAGACCACCACCACCACCACCACCACCACCACCACCACCACCACCACCACCACCACCACCACCACCACCACCACCACCAACUGGGUCAGGGAGUCACAUGCUGUCAGCUACGAUCUGGGACAGCCAAAGCCGUGUGGUAGCAAUGGGCACCGGUCUGUGUUAACUCUAGUGGUAAGUGCGACUGUUCUUUAUCGCCCCAGCCCAUCAGUCGCCGUCAACCAAAACCAGCCAAGGCCUGGUUUUACAGGCAUGUGAUAAAGAUAUGGCUGGAUGUUAGCGGCGAACAGACUGAAAGUGGCCAUUCCGUUCUGUCUGUCGUCACCGGUGGACUUUUGGAUUGUCAAUUACCCGAUGUCAUCCCAUACUCUGUGAGGAUUUAUAAAGUGACUCUAGAUCAAAACGAGCCGUUCGUAUGUCGUGUUGCCAUCCAGUCAAAUCUGAAAAAGCCAUUUCCACAUGAUCUUUUAAUGAGACAUUUGGUAUAACUGAAAUAAGAACUGAACAAAGCAGUACACCUUAGAACCCGAGGCUGGAAGGUUAGCUUCGUUUUUGAUCUCGUACAGUCAGUGAAAUUGAACAGAAAUGACGCCUUUAAUGCGACUUUUUGAUGCUCAAGCUGCUGUCUAGUAAUAUGCCUCGUACAAUUAGGCCUGUAGGAGGUACUCCCACAAUGGAAACUGUGUCGCAGCUUGCCCUGCCACCCAAAUCUAUGACAGCAUCUCCUUCACCUGGAAACCAAAUCCGGAUGGCAUGCUUGCGCUGGGCAGAGCGUGCGUCAAGUCUUGUCCAGGUAACAGACUCUUGCCGGUAUUGUUUAUUUCCGAAGCGUUGAAUAUUUGGCUCUCUCAAAUCUCUCCUUCACUAUUUAUAUUAAAGACCGUUUGCCAGAUAUUUAUUCACAAUCCUCCUUUUGAAUUUUUGAGACUUUGAUUUAAACAUUCCUCUCUCAAACCUCUGACAACAAGACGCUCAGUCUCCUUUUUUCUUAAACUAAACUGCUUUGAUGUGCUUCCUUCCGACUUCCUUCAUGAAAGAAUGUAUCUUAAAAAGACAAGUUCGGGGCCACCAAAAGUGUUUCACACGGUCAAGAGCUUAGUUAAAGCAAGGACGAGAGGUAGUCGUCGGCGGAUAGCCUCCUCACACUUGACGACAAAACAAGCUCUGCCUUUCGGCUAUUACUUGUCAAAACAGUGCGUCUAUUAGACUUCAAACGAUAACUCGGAGGUUAACCGCACCUAACGCACAUCCGCACUUCCAUCUGUGAAUGCCAUCUAAACUGUCCAGCUCGAUCCUCCUGAUUCUGCAUUUCGCGGUCCGACGGAGUAGUCCUGGGCUGCAUGCUUGAAAAAUGGGUUAUGGCAUUUGUUGUGUUACCAAAAAAUCCGUCCACUUUGGUUAUUCAGUCAGACUACAGGAAAAUGGGGAGCCAUAUAAAGGGGAACGUCUGCUCCGGAGCCAACUAUCCACGCCGGCCUUCACAUUUUAUUGAAUGCGUUACCUCUGCACCAUGGAAGCCACGUCUGCCAACAGAGUGAAUUAAUUAUCACUACCGCCCCAACGAUUCGCGCUGCAACCCGGUCCCAAUCGGGAAGACAGAACAGCUGUGAUUGCGAAGAUGUCUAUCGCUGAAAAUUGGCUGUCAACGCUAAAGCGAAAUACCUGUUAAGUCAGUCUACAGAGAAUAAGAAAAUCACGUAAAAAGAAACGCUUGCCGUAAAAGGAAGUCAAACCACCGAUUUUACAAACUUGCUUCCAGUUGAUUGCCUCCUUCGAAAUAUCCCAAAUCUAUUCAAAAUGACCCUUCUGGCUGUUUUUUUCUGUUAGAUGGAUUCCUACGGGACGGUGAUUACUGUGUGACGAAAUGCACACGACCUGGAACACAUGCGGUUGACAAUAAAUGCGUUCAGUGCCCAAACAACGUUUGCCCAAAAGGUUGGUUAAUGAAAAUUUAACCAUCUUCAUCUUACCUGGCGCCAAUCUUUGCUGAAAGGAAACUCCUCGCACUCUAGGCUUCUUUCUUGUUAUCAUAAGUGGCUUCGUUGCAUAAGCUUUUAAGUGGCAGAGAGGUGCUCGCCCAGCUUUGAGGUUUGGGGCCCACUCGCGAGCCCCGCCAGUAUCCGCAUGGCGGCUAGCAAUAUAGGCAGAAUGACAUUUCAGGCAAAGAUAAGGGAGACUGGAAUGGCCGCUUCCGGUUUGUUAUCCACUAUCAGCCGGUCAUGUCCAAUCCCAGGUUUAACAUCACUUGAGACUCGGUUCUUCGGCCUGUCGGCUAAAAGUCCGCCGCUCUAACCACUGAGCCACGGGCUGUCGGUUCCGGCCGGGUAUAUACAGUGGGAGAGAACGACUGAGUUCCGUAACGCGGUCAGUUGGGGCCCCUUUACUGUUGUUAAUAUACCAGAUUGCAACCGACGGACAGCGAACCCCUGGCUCAGUGGCCAGAAGCGCUGGGCUUAUAGCCACCGGGUCGCGGGAUCGAGCCCUAGGUGUCCCAUACUUACGAGAUGGAUAUGGCUAACUGACGAUGAUUGAUAAGACCGAAGUGACCAUUCCAGUCCCCCUUGUCUUUGACGAUAGUGGUAUUCUGCCCAUAUGCGCAUAUAUUUCGAAGGAAAUAAGUCCUCUGGGAAAGAUAAAAAAGGUUAUUUCGUAGGGGCUCGACCCUGGUUUUCUUCCUUAAAAGUGAGGCAAGUGUGCACAACAGUUAAAACAAUUUCAAUGAGUCUAAAAAUCGAUAUUGCUCUGUCCUUCCUGCCAGUUAGCCUUUGCUGUGCAUUGGUAUCGCGUUCUGGUUGGCUAUCGCCUCUUCCUCUUUUAUUUGAGAUUGCUGUACACGGCGACUAAUUUGAUGUGUCGACUGACUCAUUAGUUGUCGGAAUGUAUGGCCUCUAAAAAUUCUCGAGCUUUCUUAGAUAAACAGACAUCUAUAAUGCAGGUCUUGUUCCAGGCGGAUUUAUGUCCAGUUUCUAACAUAUGCAUGCAACUUUGAACAUUAACUCUUAUCUUUUUACUGCCAACCGAUGUUCGAGUAUGCAUGUCCCAGCAGAUUUGCCAGUUUGGCCGAAACAAACUGCGUUGCAGGUGUCGCAUGGUAUCUUGUAGACGACUUCUGUCUUAUCUAAAUAGCUAACGCUGUUCUUAGAUUGUACAGGUUGGUUGCAAAGUGUAGUCGUUGGUUUGUACGCCACGUAUAUUUGGUGCUUCCUCAGGUGUCUUUCAACUAGUUCGGACACACUCUUAGUUUACGGAAGUGUUUGAAGUUUUUCCUAGUUUGGGCGCUUGGUCAAAACAAUCUAGUUCUUUGUCUUUUUCUUGUAACUCACUUUGCCUCAGAUAUAGAUGUAAAAAAUUAUAGGAUACCCAUUUUUGGAAAGCAGUUUGAACAAAUAAUUCACUUUUGUUUGGUGAAUCACGUUGGCAGAGCCGCGAGCUUUUGCUCGACUAAGGAGGCUGUUCAUGACAUUCCAGUUGUGAAAGUGAAGUAAAUGGUAAUGUUCUCACGGACUAGCGAAUGAUAUCUCACGAGCCCUAAGUAUUAAGAACAGUAAGCAAAACCGACCGGUAAAUAAUUUUGAUAUUUAGAACGUAAAAUGACCUGAUAACAGAGCGCGACAGCGGAGCGAGUCAGCGAAGCGGGGGUUGUCCAGCCGAGUUGUUUCCGUCACGUUAAAACAAGCGAUUCGGUAAAAAACGGAAUUAGAUUGUCAAAGGUGAAUUUGUCUGGUACUUCGCCACAGUAUCCCCCCCCUCCCGGAAACCGGAAGGCGACGUAAAACGGCGCCGGAGGAUAUGCAUAAGUCUAGAAGAGAUGCCUAACUAGACGAUCAGGGAAAUGAACGUGGCGACCGCUGCCAGUGAUAUACGCAGGUGGUACAGUGGGAGAGGGUUGAGUGCGUGCUACGGUGGAGGAGGAGGAUGUUGUAGUUGGGUACUAUGAGCAGGUAGGGAGAGGAAGUAUGCGGGACGGUGGGAUAGAGGGCAAGGGAGGGGAAGGAGAAGGGAGUAGCGAAGGUGGAGAAGCAGGGGAUAGUGGAGGUGGAGGAAGAGGGGUUGGAGGUCAGCACAUUUUUGUCUUCGUGGCAGGUCCGGCAGCUCCUCUGCGACGGCAGACUCGACCCGAUCGACACUGACCACGUACUCCUUGUCACUGCGAAGGAUCUGACAGGUCUUGGUGUUGCGUUCGAGCACACGGAAUGGUCAUUCGUAUGGUCAUUCCAUUCCAGCAACAAUCGGGAGAGGACUCCCAAACACCUGUUGCCCAGAAAGAAUACCUACUAUAGCUAUUUGAGUAGGUGUUAGCUCGACACAAUUGUUGUUUCAUCUGACCUCAAAGGGAACGUCGGAUAGUUAAGAAGCGACCGCUGCAGUCGGUAUGUUGUUUCAUCUACACCACCAUACCAUUCCAGCGGCUGGCGAACACAGGAGUUCAGCUGUCCAAGCCUUUUUCGACAUAUGGCUCGGUCUUUGGAGUUCGAUGUGGAACCGUGGAAAACGGGUGCAUAGAUUGCCGCUGACGGUGCACAGGGGUUUCGUCGGCACCACGAGAGGUUGGGGUAACCAUCUGGCCUGGCAGUCGAAGGGUAGUGCCGAAAACCAAUUCAGCUGCGCUGCAGUCCAAAUUCGACUUCAGUGCCGUGCGAAUGCCGAGGAGUACAGGGGGGAAGUUGUCUGACCAGUUCCCUGGGUCUUCUGCGACCCGCAGGGCAGUCUUUAGCUGGCGGUGGAAACGCUCAACCAUACCGCUGGCAGCUAGGUGGUAGGCUGGCGUCCGAAUGCGUAUGCAGCCAAGAAAAUUAAGUAGGGUUUGGAAGGGAUGGAGCACCGACUGACGAAGGCAUUCAAGAUGGUUUCAGCCCUCGUUUCGGCAAAAGGAUGGCUUCACUCCAGCGGAUGUACGACCAAUGCUGAUAGGAAGAUGAUUUUAGUCAUUGGAUGGGAGCAAGGGGCCAACGACAUCCAGGUGCGUAUGGCUAAGCCGUUUGAAAGAGUACAGAACACGAUCUAUAGUCAUCGCAGGCUGUCACACAACGCGAAGAUUCGGGGUUAACACAUCUAACUACGUCCGUCAUCCCCCAGUGAAGACGACGAAGAUCAGGAGGAGGCUAGUUUGCUAAUCAAAAUGUAUUAAUACGUUUCUAUUAUCAGGUUGCAUCAUGAACUGUAGUUUAUAUUUCCUGCAUUGCACUUUAUGCAUACUUUAUGUGACUUUAGUUUGCUCGGCAAAGGAAAUGCAACCGAUAAAGGGCAUAAACUACUUGCAUAGAAGCCUACUUCGGAAGAUGGAGAACUGUACGUUUUGGGACGGUGACAUAAUUCUCUCUUGGCAGUCCUUCCUGGGGUAGGUUUUUUGGCGGUCAUUAACUUGUCUUCUGCAUUUUGUCUCAUAAAUGUGCCGUAAUAAGCGCUUUUAGGCAAACCAGACAACCGCGUCAUUUCGCAGGCACACAGAGUCUUCUGUUGGAUAGAGGGGAGGCAAAAUAGGAGGACAGAGGGCGCAAACCUCGGGCUUUAGAAAGUUCGGUUUAGUCAAUUACCUACAUUUUUUCGUCGACUUAUAAUGCCUAAUAUAGGAUACAGAGAUGCUCCGUUAGGAAGACCCGCCAUGCACACAUACAUCAAUAUUGCAUGAAGAGUGAAGGCGUGUCUCAGGUGCAUAUGCCUUAACUGACUAAGACUCGACCAGUUGAUGUUACUUUGUGUUCAGAAGCCAAGUCACCAACCAUGUGUUCGUCUACAAAUUCUCUUUAGUCCUGCCUAAUGCUAAAGCAGACUGGUGUCUGUGUGGAAAUCUCAAUUUUAAAAUCGUUUGAAUGGAAAAAAGACUCGUGUAUAACAUAACUGAAAUGUCUCGUUGUCAAGUAUGUUGUGACUGGUGCCCACCAAAAUGGUUGGAAAUUGAGCUGCUAUUAAUCCUCUAUCUGUCGCCGCCGAAACAGGCCACGCGGUAGAUGCACUGGACCAACACGAGGGCUAGAUCGGAGUCGGCAAAGAUUAUCGUGAAUGCACACUCAUAACAAAUGCCAGUAUUCGGGAUGUGGUGGCAGAUCCUCCAGUUGCCGGCUCACGUCUCACCAUUUGGGAUCCCUGCCGCUCCCAUUGUUGUUGGUUGAAAUCCUGGUCAAACGUUUUUGUGAACCAGGGGUGUGAUGGUACACCUAGGUGCGGGUUUACGCCGUGUCAGCCACCUACGUCCUCUCCCACCUCCGGUCUUCUAGACUUGGUCAUGACACGGGGCUCAGGUGGGGAAGGAGGAGAGAGUGCGGUAGAUGUUGCUCAAGUCCACAAUCAUUAUGAAUUAAUUAACGCGCAAUUCAACGUCCCUGCUCUCACUCUGCUGUGGGGCUCACGGUGGACAUCGUCGAGACCGACGGUUGAACUGUCAUCUGUCGCCGCAGCCUAGGUUACAGGUAAACCCUAGUCAAUAUAACCUUCGGGACCGGUCCCGAAUAGAAACAGGAGCAGCUGGGCGCCAGUAGAGAGAUCAUUGAAUUCUGUACAGAAUGAGUGAAUAAUAGAUUGGAACACUGGCAGCCGAAAGAAAACGCAUUCUUGCUGCCUCCAGUGCAGACCUCAGUGCGCCUUGAGCGAGGGCGUCCGCAUCGACCUUGAAGUUGAUUGGCCGGCCUGGAUAACUGUGAUUGGACAAAAAGCAGACGGCCACUAGUGUGAGCACGCAAGUGCACGCGAAAGGUACAGUGUUGCAGCAAACGCCCCAAAGUAGAGUCGCUGCGGAUUUACCUUUCCCAGCCAAAAUGUCGCCCGUUUUUGACUUCAUUGGCAGGCCACUUCGACUCGAUCAACCAGUGUAAGUUCUCUCACAAGAGCAAGUGAAGGAGUUGUAGUGGGCAGCCAUAAUGACUGGUUUGGUGUCAUUGUUCGAGACCUCGCUGCCUCAAGGUCAUUCACCCCUUGCAGCGAGCCGUCCCAGACGAGCUGCCUGAAGCCACUCGACCGACUUCAGCCCGGGCACAAUUGCCUCCACACAGCAUCGCGGCUAGCCAUGAGCCAGCCCCUGCAACCAGCAAAAGAAGCCACUGGGACAGCACCCCUCGGCAAGUGCAACACACGCUGACCGGUCACCACUUGAGCUUGGCCCACGAGCCUACAAAAGCGGUUGCCACCACUGUCUCAGGGACUCUCGGGCCUGACUGGACGCGGUCAACCCCAGUCCUGGCUUCGUCAGUGGCCAAUGUCGCCCGAGAGGAAAACUCCGGGUCUGUGCACAAUAAACCCCUCAUUCUGGUGUUUUCUGUCGUCUCCCUUCAACUUGGGAUUCGACCUGGUGGUUGUAGCGCUCACGGCACUUACUCUCAUCGCUUGGUCACUCCGCUUGGUCACCACAGAGUAAAUGCGCAUGGAGCGUGUCUGCGCUGCUAGCCUCUCCUCACUAGUUUUGCUGACCUUAUUCCUGACUAGUCAGUGCCCGUAUGACCUGCGAAUUGGGUUUGGUUUGAAAUAUUCACAGUAAUCGUACCUGUUUGGAAGGGCAGACAGCCAUACUUUUCCCCCAUAGAUCUUAAUUUUGUUCUCCUCUUACUGUCGCCCAUUGGCACAAAGCCUCAGUUACCCCAGUGAUAACUGUAGUUGCUAAAUCGGAUGAAGCAGAAUGGCAGGCGUAGUUUGUCAUGACUUGCACAUUUUGGUAUCUUUCCUUCCAGGGACAAAUUCUACAACCUGACUAAAGAAAACGAUUCCGUCCUCUAUGAAGAUCUCGUCAAAGGGCUGUCCAAACUGGAAGCAAUCACCGGAGUGCUCUACGUGGCCACCGGUUUUCACGCACCCUGGCUCACAAAUUUGACUUUCCUAUCAAAAUUAAGGAUCAUUCAAGGAAGUAAGUCUACUUUGAAUAGCCCACUCUAUCAGAUCCACCGGUCAAGUCAAGGACGGUCGACCUAGCAUUAACGCAGAGGCACAUGAAAUGUUCAGGGAAGCGUAGACUGUUUUGGGAGUGUGGAGUCGGACUGGGUAUCUGGCUGCCCAAGGUCACCAUUCCACCGUCACCCUACACGACAGCGAGUCCUACUUUCUGAUCCAACGAAGCUAUGCUUUAUGCGCCCGAGACUCCCCAUUAACCGCUUUGAUCGGCGGUCGAAAUCAACUGAGGGACCUCCAACGUGUCUCUCUCAAGCGCAGGUGUUUGUGUGUGAAACCCGGUUCGAAGGUAAGAGAGAUACUGACCCUAGCAUGGGCGAGAUCUUUGUCAAGUCUGUUUCCGCGUCCCAUCUCAGCUCGCUGUAGCGACCCAAUCUUGCCAUUAGAUGGAAAUUGUGUUGGGAAGAUAGAUUAUGGUCGAUUGUGUCCCAGUUUGUGUCACUGUGCUCGAAUCAACCAAUGUUCUCCCUGCUUUUGUAUGGGAAACUACUGUCAGGAUAUCAGCCAAACACCCCAUUUCUGAAGACCUUAAGCCCACCUGCGUCACAGUCUGCCCCCUAUUUCAGAUGUUCCAGAGGGUGCAGCCGACCUGCCCGCAAUCAACGUCAACGGGAACAGCCACCUGCGAUUUCUCGGUCUCUCCUCCCUCACCUCCGUCCAACGUCGCAGUGUGCUGAUUGCGGCCAACCCUCGUCUCUGUCUGGUCGACAGCAUUGAUUGGCAGGCGCUGACCGCCCGACGGCCCGGUAAUGUGGGUGAGUCAGCCGGAGUUGGCGAGGGCCGCGUGAGGCGCGACGUUGAGGCCCCCGGCGGCGGCGGCGGUGGUGCCGACGCUGGCGGCCACGGGAACCGGACAUUUACGGACACCGGGGCUCUGGCUAACGCCGCACACCUCAAGGCCAUGGCAAGGCGAAAGGCGGCAGCUAUAGCUGCGGCCAUUCUUAUGCGACAGAUGCCAAAACGGCCCUCCAUCCUCAUCGAGACUUCACGAAAUCGGCCUGAGGAGGAGUGCAGUACGUGAAGUACAUACAUAGAGGGGGGUAGUCUUUCGAGUUUUUGAGAAAACGGAAACUUUACUUCCUGACUGAUCUCGUUGCAUGUCGUCUGGCAUACAGUGAGCAAAAGGUCCUGUCGUUACCGAUAGACAUCUGCUGACUGGCUUUUGAGAAGUGUAUAUACGACAUUCAAAUCGACUGAAGCGUGACUCAUUCAAAUAGAGCGCCUCGGAAAAUUUCCAGCAUAGUUUACCAGUAGCUGCUAAUAAUGGACAUUCUUCCCUACUCAACAGUUUGCUCCCCUUUGUGGGUAUACAUGUCUGCUUUUGACGGAUGAUCUCGCACCACAACCUUAAGUUGGUGUUCAUGUAUGUGCAUAGGGGGAGGCGCUCCCGGUUUACUCCCCACCUUUCAACGCAUGUGUUGCAAAUUUCUUUCAGAGAAAUCCUUGUCCAAGUGUCCAACACUGUCUUGGAAUGCCAAAAUUUCUUGCAAAAUACGGCUGCUGUAUUAGCAUAUCCUCUGAAUGCUCUUUUGGUGAGGUGUCGUGUGUGCAUCACGCAGAAGGGGCCUCUAGAUGGCUGUUUUUGGUACCGGCGAGAAUAGGUUGUGUAGCCCACUGAUUUUUAUCUGAAUAACUACCUAUUAUGUUUGUUUUAGUAGGCCUUGCUUGUUUUAUUAACUCGUGCAGCUACAUACAGUCUCUCUUUGGGUGUUACCUAGCGCACUACUCACUUGGAUUGUUUAAAUUGCCUUUUUGUUUUGGGUAGUGUGCUAUCAGGGGUCGAAACUAAAACUCACUUAAAUGGCCAUUUUCCAAACAAAAUUGAGCAGGUAGUUUGCUUCCGCCAGCUGACUAGACAAAUUUGAUUCAACUGUCUAUAAAAUGCACACAAUGUGACCAAAAUAGCCCAUAUCUUAAGGCAGUGCUUAAAGGCCUGUGACUGGACUCCGAAUAAGUUCUACCGAGACAAAAUGGAGUUCGGCACUUAACCACCGAAGUACGGAUGUGCUAUGUUGCCUGCUGUGGGAACGGUGUAAAUCCCGAGGGAGUUGCGAUAACCGAUAUGCCCGAUCGGAUGAUACACCCUUACUUCUCUUUGGCGGACUUUGGUUAAGAAGGCGGCGGCCUUUCGUAUAUAUCAGAACUUAUAAAGCAUUGUGUCGUUCCCGAAAACACACUCCAGAUUCUUGAAAUAAGUAUGGGAUCGUAAAACAACGGUAGUUAUUCACUGGACCAUUGCCAAAUACGCAGUUGUAAGACAACAAAAUGGAAGUACGUGCCAAAAUGUAUAAGUCCCUUAGAAAAUCUACAAAUAUUCUCAAUAAGUCCUAUGGCCAAAUUGGGUUUAAAGCAUUCCAAAGCUUCGAUUAUAGCCCAAACUUAACGCUUAGACCACGACGUUUCCACUUUCAUUUGAAAAAUCUUGUCGGCACUGAACUCGAUUAGUUUUCAGUUUAAAAUUAUUUUCCCUGAAAAUAAGUAACAUCUAUUUCCCUUCUGGGAAGACGUCUGUGGGAAAGUACACCUUAUUGAGGCGUUAACACUGAAAAAGAUCAGGGUUUAGCAUUUUUAAGGCGUUGCGAGUUCUUAAAGUCCCAAAUAACUCCAUAUUCAGAUUUUCUUAAAAUAGUUCCAUUUUUUGCUUCCUAACGCCAUGAAGAGACGAUAACUCGAUCGACACAGGCUACUGUAUCCACCAUUGUCCCACGAGGCUGACACACUCGUGAUUGGUGCGUGGAUUCGUUUACAGUGGGACAGACUUUCGAAGCACCCUGAUCCCCCGCCUGUAAUUCCAAGGCAAAGUUAACACUAUCAGAGUUUGAUGCGGACUCAGUGUCAGAUAAAAACAACCGUCCAAGCGCGCCACAUACAACGUGGGCCCUGACUCCACAUACGCUGGACUGCAUUCGGGGGAUGUCUCGGAUCCAAAGGAAGUGGAAGUGCCAUGUAGUCUGUACUAAGGAACCGUUGGGGCCUGAACCCUAGUCCUGGGUGGGAUCGAGUUCGUCCGUAAGUAGGUGGUCCUCGAAGGCAUGACUGGUAGCGCGCCGUUGUAAUGUCAAAGCGCUUUCAUUUGUUUAUGAAUAGGACAGAAUCAGUACUGGGUUGACUAGACUUCCUCAUCCAAUGACGAGUGAUCCCUCAUAGAAUGAAUUAAAAUAACCCAAAAGACUUCCUGGAAUAGGGUUCCACUUUUGGCCAUAUGCCCCUUACCUCAAAAGGAAGAUAGAUCUCUAUGACUGGCCAAAUAAACGUACCGGCUGUCUACACUUGCUGGUUUGCACCUGCAAUUUCAUUGUGAGAGAGGACAUCGAGAUGGUACAUUUACCUGCGCUAUCUAAGUAUAUGUUCUACUGGAGUAAAGUCGAAGUGACUCUAGGCGACCCGGUCUGAUUGUAGGCCAGGCGCCCCUUUUUGCCGUGGGAGCAAAGGAUUUAAGGCUCACAGGUCGUCCCGUAGCGACAAACAAUCGAUAUUCGAUAGGUCCGAGGCAGUAACAGGGGAUAUGAAAUUACGGGGUUCAAAUCGUAGAUUUUUUGUCCUUGUUUUUAUAGUCCUUGAUUGGUGUCGGCGUACAGCACUGUCCUUUAUCGCGAGUGCGUUUAUUUGAGGGGAGAAUAAAGUGAAAUCAGACUAAUUACUUGGAGGGUGCGCCGAAGAGUAGCAGGACGCUGUGACAGGCGAAUUAUUUGUGUAUCCCACCUGCUUGCAUUAGCUCAUCUUGUCAAUACCACUUGCAACUAACAUCUCAUUCACAUGUCUCCACAAAUAGCACUAGACGGGGACGUGUGUGCCGACGUCUGUGUCCAGGAGCACGGUUGCUGGAGUCCCGAAGCCGAGCAUUGCUCCAAGUGCGCCUACUGGAGUGUUCACCGGGAGGAGGGAGGCUGUGUAAGGGAUUGCGAAGCACUGCCGGGCGGCUUCUUUUCUGUCCCGCUGGGCAAUGACAGCUCUACCGAGACUUCAAACAACCGCCGGACUACUGGCCUACUAGGGCACUGCGAAAAGUGCGACCCCGAAUGCGGCCCACAUGCGGGUGCCUGUUAUGGACCCCGUGCAGAUCAGUGCAAUUUCGCAUGUCUACAUGUCAAGGUGGGUUUCCACUGAUGCAUGAAAGACGGUGUUUAUUCCCCAUAACAUUUAGGAUUCAUGCCUUAACUCUCUACCGGAGAUAAUUCAGGUUGAGCAAUGCACUGGAGGGCUGGUAUUGGCCAGGGUAGGAAGAACGUUCACCAAUCGGCUUACGUGACGCGCUCGUCCCGUUGCACUUUAGGGUCCAAAAAGCGUCAUCGUAAGCAGCGACGUGUAGGUGGCUAAUGCGUGCAGGGAUAGAGUAUCGACAGAGACGGGGAAAACUGGAAUGACCAUUUCUGAUUUCUUAGCCGUCAAUUGUCUGCCCUUCCUGGCCUAAGGCCUACAUGUAGUUGCGUAACAGUCACAUACCUGCUACCCGGUUGGAUAUGCCUUUGUUGUAGAUAAACGCGAGUUUUUCGAAUUAAGUUUCUUGGCUUAGAAUCGGCCAAGGAAGGCCUUGCAACGUCAACUGCUCCUUAGUCACAAUGCAGGUUCUCACGUGAAGGUUAACCCAGGGGACCGCUUCUUUGGGGAGGGAGGGGGUGGUGGGGAUCGGGGCACCGAAGACAAGCAAGCAUCACAGCAAUUAUGACCACCUGUGAUUAGUGCAAAUUUUACGAAUUACUAGGUUAACGGUGCAAGAACAGCCAUCGUCUACAAAUGCGCACCCUGUUGCUUCCACCACCACGAAUGUGAAACAGCAGUCGGAUAUUGUUUGUGCUCUGGUGGUCGAGUCUGCGUCUUCGAUAAAUAAGUGUUUACUAUAAUAAUAAUAAUAAUCAUAGUGUUUGUUACUAACAUAGCAAUCUCCUGGAAAAUGAGAGACUUGUCGUUGUCCAGUUAAGCAGCCGAAAGCGGGCUAACGCACGAUAUUUGCCCUAACCAAUGGGACAUUAACCGAAGCAGUCCCACAAACUGCAAACUAAGCUGGGCAUGAAACAAAGGUCGGCUGAUCUACCUAACACAUCGAGAACCGCCCAGCUACCUCUGACGGUCGCAACCAACAGAAAUCGAUUGCUUAUUUAAUAUGCAGAUAGAUGGCCAGUUUUUUAUGGUUAUGUAUAUCGGACCACUUUCAAGUGUUACUUUGGAAAAACUUGCUUUGCAGCUUUCUCAACAUGUCUUUAGUUUUUCAUUUUAGCUGCUCAUGCAGAUUGCUUUUCGUGUACUUUUAAGACUACUAAGGUUUGCUUUCUGAUCUUCAGUAAAGUAAACCCUCCUUGCUGACCAAUCAUAACUUCUCAUUCACACUUCCAAACACACUAACAAUUAUAGGACGGUCCCUUUUGCCGAGCCAAAUGCCCCUCCUCGAAGUACGCAGAUGAGAAAACACGCAUCUGCCUGGACUGUUCUCCUGUCUGCCAACAGGCCCUUUCAAAACAGCCUGACUUCCUCCCAGGCUUGGUGCAGCACCAGGGGAGUCAGUUGGACGUGUGCAGCGGUCCAGGGGACUGGCCGGGACCAGGUGGCUGUAAUUUCUGUGAACAAGUUGUCGUCAGUCCUGAGGCGCCUGACUGUGGAACGAAGGAACAGUCCGAGGGACGGGAAGUGUCGGACGAAUGUGUACCGAAACUUCAUUGUUUAAUUCCCUAUCAGGUACAUUAGUCGUAUCUUCAAGGGCUCAACACACACACAAGUUGAACGUAGUUGAGUAGUACUUAAGUACGUAUUUAAGUUUAGCCAGUAUAAAGUAAUACUUGAUAAAUAUUGUGCGGGUAGGAUAUAAAGUUCGGGUGCAGCUGCAGGUUGACAAGCCCUUGGAUGAGUACUUAAUAAUUAUCCACACUAACACAAAGGCCUCUAAAGCUGAGUACAUCCGGACUUUCGUCCAAGUAGAAAGUCAAGCAUUAACCCACUAAACCAAGCAAAAUUGACUGGUCAAACAAGCUAUUUAUUUUGAACUCCAAGGUUUUUUAAACAAUAUAUGGCCUUCCAGUCCAGUACAUCCACUUUCCGUCAAUUAUUUAGAAAAAGACGAAUUCCAAAGUUCUUUAGACCCAGUGAAGGAAGAAAUUGUCACCAAAGCCUAGACGAUGCGAAUCAAAGUCUUUUAAAGCAGAACUCGACAUAAUGCAUCCCUGUAAAUGACAACGCCGAGUAUAACAUCCAAAUUAUUAUCAGAUUUCUGUUGUCUGUCAAAACCAGAGCAAUUGGUCGAUUCUUGUACCUCUGUCUGCUUUGAUAACGAUAUUAAUUUUUCUUCGAAUUAGGCAUGUCCCCAACAAACGUUUCUUCACCUGCUCCAUGUAACCUCCACCCUAUCCGGGACCCUGGGCAACAAUGACACCGACUAUCGAAACCAUAUUCUGUUGACGCUCUCGCAAGACGCCUCAUUUCAGUACUUGUCCUCGAGAGUGUAUGGGUUGGUAGCUGACUGGCUGCUAUCUCUUCGUGAACACUUCAGCACACGUGUGGUUCGCCUCUGUCUACCAUGCCACGCACAGUGCUCACCGCUCGUGAAUCCAGGCUGCACUGGUCCGUCGGCGACUCAGUGCACAUCAUGUCGCACAGCCGUCUUCCAGGGCCGCUGUGUACCAUACUGUCCCAAUGGUGAGUCGCCUUUGAAACGUUUUAUCGGCUGUAUCAAUACUACUGGUUCCUUGUACUGGAUACUGCGUUGGGCAGUCGAUUAGGAACAAUUUCGUUGCAACGGGCGUCCCGUAACUGCUCUAGUUACACGGCCACAAAUUAUGCAUCUUGUUAGACGCAAUCUAAUCACCGAGUCAGAAGUAGGACAAUAUCGACUACUCGCCAGGCCGCAAGGACGGACUCUGGUAGUUUGGAUAACGGAGGCCUCGAGGUGGAGUCAAGGGGAUCUGUGGUUCAUCGCGGUCCUCAUGCGAGAAGUUGACGGACCUAACGCAGUUUCCAUGAGACGGCUGCUCGCAACCAGCGCACAUCUUCGCACGCCGGAGCGUGUGCAUGAAUACGCUGCAAUUUUUCCGGCCAGUGUACGUUUACUAGGCAGGUUGUCCCUCCAGGUCAAGUAGGCCGACAGUUCAACCGCUGCCGACGACGAUGUCCACUGCGUGACCCACAGCCUGGUGGAGACGGGACGAUGACGUGGGCGUGAAUCAGUUUAUAGUGAUAGCAGAUCCGCGCAGCAUCUCUCGCCUUCCCUCUUCCCCUAUCGUCCCGGGCUCGGUGACAAGACUGAGUCCGGAGGCGAGACCGGGCGUAGUGGAUGACAAAUUAAAACAACCCGUCUACGCGUGCCACUCACGUCUGGUUCACGUAUGAUGGACUAGGUCUUCGCGGAAACAUGGUGGACUGCUCAGAUCCCAUCUAAGUGGGAGUGCCAUCGGUGCCCCUUUGAGAGGGAACCUGACUUUCUUCCUGAGGGGACAGAGUUGUCCCAUUGGCUGGCACUCCUCCAAGCCACGACUUUUAGCACGUCAUGAUGGUUUAAAAUAUCGGCAGAUUGUUUAUGAUAAUAAUAAGAAAACGCUAGUAUGCGCUGACCCAAUUGCUUAGGGUAGCUAGGUGCGACCUUGUAAAUCGCACGGAAAGCUUCGUUGUCUGAUUUACUCCCGUUUUAGUGCUCCAAAACAACCGCAUAAAGUUGAUUUAAUGAGGCGGUUUUGUGAGAGUAGGCGUUCCCCCAGCGUGCUUUUAAAAUAAAACCGUUUACCCAUUCUUUUAGAUACUUUCUCCUUCAAGAACGAUUCCGACUUCCUGUCGAACGACAACUCAGAAGUGCGCAACGAACUUAACAACUCCUCGGAUCCUAAGGACUCCACGGUAAUCCCUGACUCCCACAAGGUGGAAUACUGUUUGCCAUGCCACAGCGAAUGUCACGGCGGCUGUACCGGCCCCGGGAGUGAUCAGUGCAAGAAUUGUCGUUCCUUUAAAGUCUUCACGAACGCGGAAAGAACACGGGUGAGUUGCCCGUUCUCGGUCUCUCUAGAACAUAACUGUACCAUCCCCACUAGUGUUUACGUUAACAUCACCGCGAACACUGUAGUACCGAGUCCUUUAGUUUCUUUUAGCACUUUUUUUACAAACAUUACCUUUCCAGUGGAAGUGCGUCCCGUCAUGUUCUUCACAAGAGGCCAGUGGAACGAAAAAUACUCUCGGUGAUAUCGCAGACGCCAGCAUCUGUGCAUACGCAGUGGAGUUGCCAGGCGAGACUCCGGGACGGCAGUUGAAUACGUUAUCAGGAGGUGUCGAUCUGGAUUCCUUGGGUGCUGGCCUCUUUCCCCUGAGACCUCAGACCAGGCGCUUAAUCUCCGCCUUUGCUGCCACCCUCUUCACUCUCAUUGCCUUCUUUGGUGUCCUCUUCGUAACUGCCCUUCUCUUCGCCUGCGGUCAUUUCAUCUUCAACGUCACUGAUCACUCCGGCAAGGAAACGUGUCACUCACUGCCACCACCAGCCCGUCUAACUUCAGAGGAGGAAGACGAGCAGGCGGUCGGCAACAGGGAUGCCUCGUUCCGUUGCGCGCCGCUACUGCAUCUAAACUGUGAGAAGUUUUGGACGAGAGCUGUUUACGUGAAGGCAAGAGAGGAGGACAUUGAGGGCCGCGGCUACGGACCCGACAACUGUCCUGGGGAGACAACGGGCAAAGGGAAAUGGCGUCGGUCACAGGGAAGUCUGAAGGAACAGCAGAAACUUCUGGCUCGUCGUUCCUCCUGUAGGAGCGGCCAGACUGGCAGGACUCCCUCAGGCAAUACACCAGAUGAGGAGGAGUCUCUGUGGCGCUGUGAGAAGUUGGUGAGUUGGUGUCUCUUAGUCUACAAACUGUCCUCAUUCAUUUCCUUCUCGCUUCUACUGAUAAUCUGCGGUCGAUGCAUGCGAGAUGACCGGAUGAAAAGAGAGAUGAGGGACAAUGGAAAGUCUUGUGCCCCUACAAUGGGCCACAAGGAGGGCGCAAUGGACCAACGCAGGGGCUAGAUCGGGGUCCGGCAGGCGUUGUUGGAAAUGCGCACCCAUAACGAAUGCAAACAUUUUGGUUGCAGUGGGACGCCUAUUUGCAGACUCACGCCGCGCCAAUAGGGAUCGGAGCAACCCCUUACUUUUAUUGUUUUACAAAAUCCUGGUCAGAGUACUUCGUGGACCACGGGGUGUGGUGGUACGUCUGGGUGCGGGUCUAGCCGCGCCGGCCACCUGCGCCCUCUCCCGCCUCUGUCCUGAUAGCGGGCCCAGGGGGGAGGAGGAAAGAGUGUGGUGGAUGCAGGCAAGUAUACUGUAGUUUUAAACCGAAUCACAUGCAAGUCACCGUCCCCGCUUUCACCUUGAUGUGGAGCACACAGUGGAGACCGUCGACAACGACGUCAAACUGCCGGUUACGCCCUGGUGGGAGGGUUGCAGACUGCGGCCGGGGCUUACGUUCCAGACUGAUGCCGUCUUCCUGAUUAUUUGGACAUUAAAGUGCUUAAAAACGCCUAGUAAGACAUUCUUGCACUGACGUCUAGGUCACCUGAAAGGGUUCCGCCGUUUUGACUUGUUCGCUUUGAAAAAACUAGUUUUUGCGAAAAUGUCCGUGCUACGAUUACAAAGCCAGUUGGCAAAAAUAUGUUUUCGAUAAUUCAUCAUCAGAGCACAACAAUUUGUGGCUUUGCGGCUUCGUGAAAACGGCCAUCCAGCGAGAUUCAUCCUCCGGAAUAUAAGGGAGUGUGCCACAAAGUCUGCCGUUGCAAAUGCAGAAAAUAAAGGCAUAUUUCUAAAACUACCGCUUUUAGGAGAUGCAGCAGACGAAUUAGCGAGACGACGCCUAAGGACAGCUACCACGAGUGCCCUCCUCAGAAAACUUGCGCGUAAUCUUUAUAAACUCUCCCUCCUACGGUUGGGGAGCAAAGACCGACUGCCGUUGCAGGCCACAUCGGUCUGCAUUUAUUAAUUCACCUGCUCCUCCGGAGCGGGAUAUAUUGGCCAUACAACGAGGCGUCUGGAAGGGAGGGUAUGCGAACACACACCGGCCUGGCUAGGUAAGGGGGAAAAUCGAUCGAUUUCAAGUUCAAUUCUCCCACAUCUAACCGACACGAACCACCAAGUUGACGCCAGAGCAACCUUUGAAGUUUUCUACCGGGUGCCAGCAUACUACUCCAUAGGCCUACGCAAGCGGGUGCUAACAACAGCCGAAACGCUGAUCAUUCGAUUAGUGAAUCCAGAGACCUGCUGUUAGAAGACGUUGAUACAGGCAGUCGGUCCUCCCUAGCCUACUCCGAGUGGUGGUCGCACGCCUUCCCAACCCCCGGAAAACAGUAACACGCCCUCCGCCCUCAGCAAUCAUACCCUACGCCGACUCCGUGGGAGCAACGAGUGUGACCAACCCUCCCCGAUACACAUAUAAACCCUGUCCAUAGCUCACAGAUUCAUUCUCCACGUAAUUGUAGUGGUCUGGUGAUGAAUUGUCGAAAACAUGUUCUCACCAAUUGACUUUUUAAAAACUAGUUUAUCUGAAUCCAUGACUCCAGAUAAAAACCACACUGCUGGAAUUCCGUUCACUAGACAUGCUCUUCCCGUUGUGCCUUGAGCUCAAUCUGGAAUCCUCGUAUGCAGUCGCGUAGCGACAAACAGUAAGCAAUAAACCCGGAUUCAGAUCUCGGGUUAUGUGAACCUGGGAUUGGAUGAAGCUGACUAACAACGACUAGUAAUUCAGAAAUGGCGGUCCCGGUCUUCCUUGUAUUUUUCAGUACUCCUCUUAUGCAAAUACUGCUGUAUUCACCAAACUGCUGUUACAGUAGUGAAAAUUGAUUUAAACCGUUUGCGUAAAAGUGCGAAUUUUUGGUGUUAACAUAUUGCGGGAAGGCAUGUAUAAUGUCCCACUGUUCACGAUAAUGCUUAUUUUACAGGAAGUACAGUAGGCAUGCUAACUCAUGUUAAGCAAAAUUCUGAGAUGCGUUUUCGAUUCGAGAAGAUUAUUUAAGUAGGGUUGUAAGAUUAACCACCGCGCAGCAUAAUCCAUGAUAAUUCAGUUACUUUCGGAUGCCGGCUUUUGAACGAGCAUCUUUUCGGCCGCCUGCAAGAGCUAAACUGUAAAAAAUGAAUACUUGGGUAGCAUAAAAUUUUCUCAUUGAUUUUCGAUAUACUUAUAAAUUUAAAUAUACCUCAUGGAAGGCAUGUGUGAAAAUAUUCUUUCUUCUAUUCAUUUGGUAGAACAUUACGUCUUCUUCAAGUUUUAUACUUGAAGGAACGACAUAAUUCGGUUUUAAAAAAUACUUGUUAAAUUCCCGAAUAAUUCUGAACUCGACCAGUCAUAAGAUUUGCAUUCUAGGUUUCAAAACUACAAGUUGCAUAUUUCCCGUGUAUGGAAAACCAUACUUUUUCGUACAGUUUUAACAGGAGACCAUACAGGGUUCAAAAAAUUUAACAGUAGAUUCGAGCUACAUUGUAAACUUUACAUACAAUAUUAGUAAAUGCAAAAACACGAGAUUUUAUGAGCGGGCAUUUCAUGGUCUUAAAAAAUCUCAUAAUUAGGAACAACUUUAGAACCGAAUUAUACCCUUUCUUCAAGUAUAUAAUCUUAAGAAGACGCAAUUUCUACCAAAUGAGUAAAAGAAUAAAUAUUUUGCGCAUGUUUUCCACGAAAUAUAUUUUAAUUUAUAAGGACAUCGAAAAACAGUAAGAAAAAUUCAUGCCCCCUAUGUAGUCAUUGUUCAGAGUGUAGCUUUUACAAGCGACCGAAAAGAAGUUCGCUCAAAAGCCGACACCCUGAAGUAACUGAAUUAUUAUGGGAUUAUGUUGCACGGUGAUUAAUAUUGCAACCCUACUUAAGUAAUCUUUUCGAGUCAGAAACGUAUUCCGGAAUAUCGGUUAACAUUUCGUGAGUUGGCACAUCUACUGUAGACCAGAGAGGGGCGAAAGCGGAAAAAAUGUAAGUGCGAAUGAAAAAGUGAAUCCGACAGCUCAAUGUCUGAUGAAUACGGAGAAUGGUAUAGGACUCCGGUACCCAAUUAGCGCACGUUUUGAGUCAUCCAAAACAUACGGUGUUAAGUUGCCAGAGCCAAUGCCAGAAACAAGAUGGGCUUAUCGAAACAGGUUUAUUAGAAGUGCUGACGUUUCUGAGAGCUUGGUCGGCCCCCAUUGUCAAAACUUAAAAUGCACUUCAUCGAACAGAAAUUUGAAGUGGCUUGCCGGGCUGGUCGGCCUCAUGCUGAUUGAUUUUCCUCUCUCGGGGGAUGUUUGGUCGGCUUUUUAGGUGCGUGCGUUGUGAGUCAUCACCUCGUCAGGGGGUGGUUGAGUCUCGGUUGGGGUUAAUGGGUCUGACGGCUCUUUUUCUUCCUCGUCGAGUAAACCCGUCGUCUGGCUGUGUCUGCGCGGCCUUAAUUUCUGUGUGGUCGUCUAGUCCUGAGCUUUGUGAAAGUAAUGACGCAGGACUCUUUGGACUGCAGGGAGGUCCAGGUGCCGCUUAUUGAUGGGGCCAGAUCAAAAUCACGACCUUAGUCUUGGUGAUCAAUAAGCAAAGUCUCAAUCGCUUGAAAGCUUGUUCAUGGCAUGAUUGGUUGAGGCAGUUUUCUGCUAAGUCAUUUUACACAGUCCCACAUCUGGUCCACCUUACUUAAUUUCGAAAGGCCACAUUGAAAGCUUACGUGGUUUUCAACCGUUGAAGGUAAGGUGUGGUUAUGUGGCUCCACCUGAUGGACACAAUACUGUUCGGUUGGGAUUAGGGGUUAGAGUUAGGGCUAGGGUUAUGGGUUAGGGCAACUAUUUCUCCACCACUCGAAGUACAACCACAUAUUCCCAAUAGCUUUCGACCUCGUCGCCUGUACGGAUCCCGCCCCACCUGUAAAACCCCUAUUACCACCGGUCCCGUAUUACAGGCAGCUGGGGUUUGUUUACUUUAGGUGGGGCUACAUAACCACAUCUGAACCCGUUGAACUUGCAGGAAUUUAACUCGACCGAAAAGCAUAAAUUUUACUCAAGCUAAUAAGCACGGUGCAGCCCGGAAAGAAAGCCUUCGAGGCAGAGAUAUGUUCUCAAGAUCAACACUCUAAGAACUGUGAAGUGCGGUACUAACCUUACCACCGACAAUGAAAGCUUAUUUGUCCUUAAAUCGCCAAGACAGUAAAAUCUUGGUGCAGUGAUCGCCUUUUAUUCCUGGUUAUUUCCGGGGCGUCCGUUUUUGCUCUAAUUAGCAGUGUAUACGGGGAAUUUUACAACUCGUGAAAUGUGUCGAAAUUUACCAAAGACUACUAACUACUCUCAAACCGGCACAAACAAAUGGACCAAAACUCCGGUUUAGAAUCGAACGACUUCAGGUGAAUUGAAAACGUAGAAGAAAUAUUAAAAGUAGUGUUAUGUUAUUUAAAAAUACCAAAUUUUUAGAAGAGCAGAAAUUCAGGAAACGUCGGUAGUCGUUAAAGCUGAGCAACCUUGAGUUAUGGAUGUACAGGAAGCCUACCCAUACAAACAACUGAGUAAAUAAAACAGCACAAGUAAAAUGGUGUUUGUAAAUAGUCCUUCAGUGGAGUUCACAAUUGAAUCCCUGUUGGAAUUAGUGUGGUAUCAAAUAUGGUGGUUAGUCAACAGCCUAUGAUUUAAAUUUAGAUUUCAAGAUGGUUUCGCGAGAAUUUGUUGCAAUUUUUCCGUUUUUGAAUUGUUCGAGAUGCGCUUGACUAAGUCAGACAGGAGUUUGCUUGAUUUCGUCGGCUGGGGCGUCACAGGAAUGCAAGUUUUUCCUAGGUUCCCUGUUGAUGGGUCGGUCAGUAAUUGAUAAAUUCCAUUAGCAUUGACAGGUGCAAUCGUAAAUAUAUCAGAACAGAAAAAUGCGUAGUCACCCAGCGCAGAUGCCCAACAGAUGUGAUUUGCCAUAUGGGUCAUAAGCACAUCAUCGAACUGAAGUUGAUCAUAUCUCGUCAACCAACACUUUCCGUCGCCACAGCUCGGGCUUUUAUUUGGGUAGGAAUUAAUGCAUACUGUUCCAUCGGCUUCUCGAAGUAGACUAGAUUAAAUUUACACAUCCAAGCUAAUAAGCAGAAUCACCCGCACGCAGCCAGAGUACCUCAGGGGAACGCAUGACUGGACUGUUUUAAAACCAUGCUGACGUGAUGCUACUUUAGGCAGAGGGACUAGGGUUCACACAUUUUCAUUCAAAACUAACAGCUGCUUACAUCUCUUAAUAGAGCGAGGGAUACAAACCGAAUAUGGCAACGCUUUUGGUGAUACCUGAGAACCAACUGCGCCGUGGAUGCCUAAUUGGCGCUGGCGCUUUCGGCUCCGUUUUCAAAGGCAUCUGGCGAUACGGAUCUUCCUCUCAGGCCAACGGUUUUCACUUGGACCAGUCACCGUCUCUCAAGACUGAGGGCAGCUCUUCCGUGGAGCCACAGACAUGGCAACUGGAAGCUCAAGCCCCUGACACCUACGAAAACGACUCGGCCACAACCGUUGAGUAUCAACCCCCGAGCACCGAACUCCUGGCUUCAACCUCAUACCAGUCUUUCGAGGGCGCCAGCUGCAGCAACUAUGCCUACGUUUCCAUGACCCCUGCGGCGGAGGAGAUCAAAACUUUGAAACCUGCGUCUCCAGGGGCCAACAGUACCUGUACGUACUUUGACAACUCGCUCUGUGACGAAAGCACCGGCGAGGAGAUGCUCGUGGCUAUCAAGGUCCUCAACGAUGCCACAGAUUCGAACACCUGUAAGGAACUGCUUGAAGAGGCCCGCGUAAGUGUUCCUCGUGUUGAUCUGGUUUACUCGGCUGACAGGCUGAAUCGCAGUUAAGAUCUCUUCCUUGAUGCCGUGAGAGAAAGAGGGGAAGAACAGAAGUGAAAAUGUUGGAGUUAACAAUGACCCAUUUCUUAUCCUUGCCUGAUUUCAUUCACCCUAGAUUUCAAUUUACUAACUUUGUAUGCAUCAGGAAGGAGGAUGUAUAUGAUCCGGGAGAAUAAACCAGCAAUUUUAGCUCUGGUUCUGACUUUAUCUCUCUUCCACCCCGAACUACCUGAGUCCUGAACGCUUGCCUCUUUUUGGGAUUUGAAAUAUCUCAGAUGAUGUAGUUCAGACUUCUGAAGUGAGAAAUCACAUGUCAAGUCUCCUUCGGAAAGUCCAAAAUUUGCUUGCUACGAUUGCGACAAAUUUCAUACGAUUUACUUACCUGUGUUGUGCUCGUUGUUGCACCUGAUAUUGACAUAAUGACCUUGGAUUUGAGAGAGAGAGAGAUAAGAGCGACUUCACCGACAAUUACAGUAGUUGGGCUAGCUCAUGAAAUGCCAAUCGAAAUUCCGAAAUGCGUUUUCGUUUCGAAAAGAUUAAUUAAUUAAAAAAGGUUGUAAAACUAAUCAGCCGACAGUAUAAUUCUAUAAUAAUUCAGUUACCUCAGGAUGCUGGAUUUCGAACGAAAUUCCUUCCAGCUGCACAAAAAAUUAUACCCCGUAGAAAAUGACUACUUUUGGCAUGAAUUUUUCUCAUGGAUUUCCGAUGCCCCCAAAAGUCAAAUUAUAUUUCAUAGAAAACAGGCAUAAAAUAUUCAUUUCUUCGUUCAAGUGGUAGGCGAUUACGCCAUCUUCCAAUCGUAUACUCGAACGUAGGGUAUAAUUCGGUUUUCGAAAACUUUUCCGAUUCCCGAAUAAGUUUGAACCCCCUCUGCCGUCACACUUGCAUUCAGGGUUUCUAAACUACAAGCCGUGUAUUUUCCGCGUACGGAAAACCACACAUUUCUGUACGGUAUUGAGAGGAGACCAUAUGGGGUUCAUAAAAUUUAGCAUUGGAUUUGAUCCAUAUUACUAAAUUUACAAUCCGCAUUGGUAACUGUAGAGACGUCGUUUUAUGAACGACCAUUUCACGGUAUUUAAAAGUUUCACAAUUAUAAACUUUUAUAAAACCGAAUUUUGUCCUUCCCUCGAGUAUAAAAUUGGAAGAAGGCGUAAUUUUCUACCGAAUGAGCGAAAAAAUAAAUAUUUUUAUGCAUUUGUUCCAUGAAAUAUAGACUUUUAGGGGCAUCGGAAAUCGAAACCCAGCCUGUGUUUUACGGCGAACUUUAAUCGAUUUAUCUUAUCACUGACGUGUUUUACUUCUUCCCCCUUCCCAUAUAAUUGUACUGGCCCGACGAGAAUUUAUCGAAAGCUGCGUAUGCUCGUCACCUCGUCUUCUGAUUACUGCUGUGGGAAUUUUGGCAAAUCAAUGAGAAAAAUGCAUGCUAUUUAAGUAGCCAUUUUUUACGGAGUAUAGUUUUUGUAUGCAUCCGGAGGGAAUUUCGUUCGAAAACCAGCAUCCUGUAAUAACUGAAUUGUUAUUGAAUUAUACUACAGACUUUUUAGUUUUACAACCCUACUUAAUCAAUCUUUUCGAAACGAAAACGCAUUUCGGAAUUUCGGUUGACAUUUCAUGAGUUAGCUCACCAACAGUAUAUCUGGAGUGAUGCCAGGGAGGAAAAUGAGGACGGAGAUGAUCGUUUCUGCCCUGCUUUUCGUAAUCCACAAGUGUCACCUCAACAUCUCAGGCCAAAAGACCCGUGAUUUGUAUUCGAGUACGAUUGGUUUCUGAGGAUGAGCCGGCCGCUUUGCCGUCUGUGUCACAGUCACACGGAGGAGUCGUUCGCCGGACCGACUCCCUUUGCAUCAAUUGUCAGUAUGUGACCGCCUGUGAGGGCUCCAGGUUCGAGUUCCCGGGCAAAACGGAACGACCGUGCUCCUUCUUGCGAGCGCAUCCGCGAAACACCAUUUUCACUUGAUAGUCACAUUCAUUGAGGCGCGUACUCAUUUCGCUGUGGUGUGUUUCGAAAAAUACCUGUGGCACUUUACUCGGCGUGGCGGUAACGACCGAAUCAGCCUUGCCAGUUGGUUGGUUGCGUGGCGCAUGACUCAGCCUUCGGCUUGCCGACGCUGUGAUGCUGAUCAGUAUUUGGACGUUCAGUGAUUGGCUGCAGCCAGACGUGGCACGUUCGCACCCCGUGUUGGCUAACAGAGCACCAACGACUGGCUCUCAUCUCGGUCAAAAAGUUGUUGCCACUGCUUUCUGAGUCGCGUCUAGCCCUUUUAGACCCUAGACACGCAGAUUAUCCAAAUCUGAGGUUGGACGUGGCUGGCUGACGAUGGCUGGUAGUCCAGAAAUGGCCAUCCCAAUCUUUUUCGGAAUUCUUUCCUGCCUCAGUACUAAUCGCUCUGAGAGCGUCUGCGACGGCUCCAAAGUCAGCUCCGGGACGCAAUGAGACGAGUAGGUCAUGUAACCUGAUCGGUGGGCCCAUUUUCAACGAUAGUAGCAUUGCUUAAAUAAUUCUGUCUCUCUGACUAAUGCUUUGGGGAACUUUUCGUUAUCGACCUUCGCACCUCGAUAAAGGAUCAGUCUUCUAUCAUCGAGGUGGAGUUUUCCAUCAGAUGACUAGCCCUCCUUUGAAUCAUAGUAGUACCGACUGUGACAUGAUGAGUCAUGUCCUUAUCCGUGGACUCAUUUAAGAGGAAGCUUGACCAGUACAGGGAUAUGUACCUCUACAGCAUCAGAAACUAACGAGUUCCCCCCCUGUGUCACCCGCCCCCAUCCAACGUUUUAUGUUACAAAGCAUGCUACUCCCUAUAUUUUAGUAACAUUACGUUUUACAAUUUUUGCUAUCUCCUGACCGCCACAUAUGCGCUUGCUUUGAUAUUACUUGGUCCAUUCAGUACCGUACUGGAUAUUGUACAAUUUUGACAUGGAAGGCAUUCACAGACAAAUUCAUACCAGUGAUCAAUGUUUGUUGUAUGUAACUACUUACCUAAUUUUUUUCACACUUGCCUUACAUAUUGUUUUCUUAUGACGUUAUUUGUAACCAAAAGGGAGUUCAAAGGCGCUCGCCUACCUUUCCCUUAAUAAAUCUGAUCUGAUCUGAUCAUCAUUGACUUUCUCCCCAGGUCAUGGCUUCCGUGGAUCAUCCCUGUUGCCUCCGACUUCUCGCCCUCUGCAUGACAGCAAGGCCCCAGCUAGUAACCUCCUUCAUGCCACUCGGUUGUCUCCUAAACUACCUGAUCCGACAGAGGGUCCCGUUGCAGUUGCGGGCUCCCGGCGACCGAACACAGGUCACGCCGACAGGUAUGCUUCACUGGGCCGAGCAGAUCGCCAGCGGAAUGGCUUACCUCGCCUCCCGAGGUAUUAUUCAUCGCGAUCUCGCAGCACGCAAUGUCUUAGUAGAGAGUCCCAGCCAGGUAAUUUGAUGAGGUCCCACGUUCAUGUUAUGUUGUAUCCUAAGUUGCCCUUAAGGACCCCACUUCAGCGUAACUCAGAGUAAGUCAUGGUUCUUCGAUCAAUAUAUCUGUUCAUGCUGUAAAUUUGGAAACCGCAAACAUAUCGCAACUGUUGCAAUAAUUUGGUUGACAAGACGAGAAGACUGUUAAAUGUGCAUUGAGAAGUUUUGUUGUAGGUAAGUUUGGAGUUGAGGCGUCUAAAAAGAACCCGUGAAAUGCAGUCACAGUGUUUAUCCUCAAAGUUAUUUCAGUGUCGCAGUUAGUCCCUGACGAAUCUGGAGGAAAAUCGUCAUGGGUUAAGAGACAGAAUGUGACAUGAGCAGGAGAUUUGAGACUUCUAAUGGACUGGUAUGACUAGGCUAGCAAAACUCUGAGCUAGCAAUCAGUAGAGUUCGAUUCAUCAAUUAGUUCCCAGGCUUUAUCCGAAUGGUUUUUCGCAAACGAGAUUUCUCAAUGUGCUGCUCCUAGCUUUGUGUGAAAGUACUGAACGAACGUGGUCUAAGACGGUCGAAGCCGAAUUUGUCUCUUAUGACAGACAUAUAUUUUGAGGACAACAAUAUUAAACAGUGUGAAUGUUAUUUAAUGAACUGUCAAACUUGAACGAUCUUUAGACAAAGAAGCAUUUUCUAUUGGAUCCAGGAAGUUUAUAGGGCGCACACCUAUCACACUUCCAUGUAUGCACAGAGUUAAACUUAUACACAAUGCCUACCGUCUGCCAGCCUUUUCAUUCCGAUGCGAUUUCGUUAACUUAUUAAAUAAAUGUCCCAAUCAUAUGUGUUAUUUGAAAAUCGGAAGUUUUCUCCUUUACUGAGCCUAUCUAUGCUAAUAAAUCAGUUCUAAUGAAAGUUGUUGUUCGAAAAAUGAUGUUGUGCUCGACUCCACUAAGUUAUUUCCCAUAAUUUUUCUAGUUAGUCCUUAUGUUCAUUUCAGAUAAAAAUUACGGAUUUCGGCUUGGCGAAAUGUCUCGAUAAUGUCGGAAGCGAGUACAGGGCGCACGGUGGACGAAUGCCGGUUAAAUGGCUUGCUCUAGAGAGCAUACGAUUGCGUAUAUUCUCCAGCAAAUCUGAUGUCUGGAGUUACGGUGAGUGGGGACAGUCAGUUUUCAGCAAUGUAUGUCGAUUAAAACCAAAUAUCUCCUACUAAAAAUAUGUCAGUAGGUACCUUGUGAUCGUCUUCACAUGGCAUACUUGUUUGAAUUUUUACUAGGUGUAACACUCUGGGAAAUAUUCACAUUUGGGAAACGGCCAUUCGAAAAUCUCAGUGCAAGGUCUCUCCUGCAGCAUCUAGAAAGUGGACAACGUCUCUGUCAACCACCCAGUACAAACCUGGAUUUAUAUGCUUUGAUGGUUAGCUGUAAGUUAGUCGAAAUGUUUUUUUUAAAUCGGGUCCUAGAAUUCCGGACGAAUGCUUCUCGAAAGUCAUCUGACAGGGUUGAGUGUAUCCAGAAUUCUCGCUCCCACUGUGUGGCUUUAAGGAAUGAAAGUAACGACUAUCAAAUAACAGCCCGACUAAUAUUCGGAUUUACUUUUACUUAUUUUUACGGUGAAAAAUUGCACUUUUUAGAAUUGUAAGCAUGUUGUACCCCAUUAAUUAGGAAUCGCUUAUUAAGACAUCCGACGUGCUUUCUUGCAGACGUUUUGUGAUAGGAAUAAUACGAUUUGUUCAAACUCGACGGUUCAUUUUUUAUUUCUUCAAAUAUCUGCGGUAUUUGGGAUUACUUAGCUGACAAUCAGGUGUAGCACAUCUUAUGAACGUAAAAGCCACGGCUCUCAGGCGCCAAAUUCGACCACGGAUUUUUAAUUACUCACAAAACAUGUUGCGCCGGUUAAUGGUGUGAUGACGGCACUAGUAGAGCAAACGUAUUUGGCUUCGGAAGGGAACUGUGUCUUUACAGAAGAAGACACGGUCUCUGGAACAAGAGCUUUAUCCGCCUGACGUUUCAGGAUUCCUGUUCGAACGCAUCAUCAUGGACAGUGACAGAUACGAUUAGUUCGUGCACAAGGGACUGCAGUAUUUAUAAGAUGCAGUCCGCAUGCUGCCGCAUGAAAAUUCGCAGCUCCUGCACUUCCUCGAUGGUCGACUUUCGAGCCAUCAAUAAUUGGAACUUCAUCCCGGGUGUUGGAUAUUGGUGUGAUGAUUUCCUGACCAUCUGGCCCAACGACCCCGGCGUGUGGAACAGUGUUCAUCUGUGCAUUCCCCGCGUGGCUACUCACGCCGCUAAGUCUCAGCACCGAAUAUGGAAGGGGAGGUCAUUGCACUUGUUAAUAGACUGCGGGACAGUGAACUAUGACCCAGCCAGCCCGCCGCUCACGCGAUUGUCACCUCUUUCGACAAUUUCGGCCUCGUCGAAUUGGAAUGUGUGGCCGGAUCUCGUUGAAUGAGCCGCAACUUGAGAUCUGACUCUUUGUCUGGGCUUUCCCCAGCCCAACCCGUAGAAAUCCCUAUUACUACCGGUCCCGUGUUACAGGUGGUUGGGGUUUGUUUACUUCAGGUAGGGCUAGCUACAUAACCACAUCUGACCAGAAAUUGUUGUAUUUAUAUAAUAGGACAUUGCAUCUUCCAUUUGUGCUUGAACUGGGAGUUAUUUCCGUUUAGAAAAUUUGUGAUGCUGGUAAUUUCCGGGACACUUGAAUGUCUAUUUGUUUAAUUAAAAUGGUUAAUAAUUUCUGCCACCAAGAGUAUAUCCUGAUUUGCAUCUGUAAACACCUCGAGUCCAACUCAUAAGACACAAAGGGUUACAUGAAUUUGCUCAAAACGAAUUACAUUGCUGAAACUUUGGAGACAGAAGCGCUGCUUAUGCUUAGAAAUAUUUGAGUGCUCAUGAAGCGUUAGCCGAAAUUUUGAAAUGUAUUCCGAUUGAGGAGGAUUACUUGCACGGGAUUGUAAUACUGACUAUUUGGCAGCACAGUCCGACCGGUAAAACUGACUACUUAGGUAGUAUGGUGUUUCUCCACUGAUUUUUAAUGCCCGUGUAAAUUCAAGUAUAUUUUAUAGAAAGCAUGCAUAAGGCUAUCCUUCCUUUGGCUCAUUUGGCAGACAAUCAUGUCUGCUAUGGGUUUUCUUUAAAAUAUACUUGAAUUUAUGGGAGCGCCAAAAACCAAUGAAAAACUUCAUACUACCUAAGUAGUCAUUUUUUCCAGGUGUGGUAUUUGUGGGCGGGUAGAAAAAAGCACAUUCAAUUUUGCAAACUAACUGAAGUGCAUGUUCUCCUUUGGAAGGGACAUCGGAAACUGUUGAUCAGUUUUUUCGGAGAAACGAUGUAUAGUGUAUUUAUCAACCAGUAGUCUGAGUGAAGUCUGUUCCGUUCGGUUCCAGGAAUCAGCAAGACAGUGCCCAGUAUGCCUGUUAGUCAAAACAUCCACACUCAAGGCCGGCCAUCUCGAACUAGUCAUUAUAUCGAAACACAGUGUGGGUGAGAGAAGAGGGAGUGAGUUAGAUGCGGUAACUGGCCCACGUCACCACCAUUUUCCAGAUGCAGUAAUGUUUAUCGUCUCGUUUGGUUGCGAAAAACCAGUUGGUGGUGUUGCUGCUGUGUUAAGCACAAAAGAAAGUAAACAUUCGGUAAGUACAGAGGUGACUGCGGGUCAAGUCGACAGCCUGAUCGCCUGAGCCAGGGGUGCUCGAGGGAGAAUGCGUGAUAUUUUCAUUUUCUAUGUAACCUAACCCAGGUGCCUACAAUCGCCUCUUCCCUGCUUUCGCCUGCUAUAUUUGGCUCAGUUAUAUUUAUCGUAUCUAAGUCCUCCUAGUGAUCUACGAUUUUGGGAAAUGGAAGUGAGGCUGGGUGACCUGUUUACAUAGCCACCACCUUAACUGGUCUAAUGUUUUAACUAAAUCCAUUUAAACUUAUUCUCCUAUUUUUUUUCUCUAAAAGGCUGGCAAGAAGAUCCGGACCUGAGACCCGAUUUUGAGUACCUUGUCCAACGAAUGAGAGAGAUGAGACCUAAUGCAGAGACGUACCUCACUUUUGAGGUAAGAACCCCCUAUCUCCGAACGGGAGGCCAUUUUUCGUGUCUAUGUUUGGUUGAAGCAAAAUAAACGCAAGUGAAGGGUCGAACCAGGGGAAACCUGAAUGUUCAUUGCGAUGCCUUUAGAUUUCGAGCCAAGCCAAAAACACUCCGUCCGAGGACUUCACUGAGGUGGGUUAACUCAUUAAAUGUCAACCCAACUUCCGAAGUGCGUUUUCGUUUUGAAAAGAUGAAUUAUGUAGGGUUAUAAAAUUAAUCAUUGUGUAGCAUAAUCCUAUAAUAAUGCAAUUAUCUCAGGAUGCCCUCUUUCGAAAGAACGUCUUUCCGGCUGCAUGCAAUAACUGCCCUCUGUAAAAGUUAACUACUUAUGUAGCAUGCAUUUUUUUCAUUAAUUUUCGAUGUCCUUAAAAAUUUAGCUACACUUCAUGGAAAAAAUGCAUAAAAACAUUCAUUUUCUUGCUCAUUCGUUAGAAAAUUACGUCUUUUUCCAAUUUCAUACUCGAAUGAAGGGUAGAAUUUGGUUUCCAACAACUUUCUUAUUGUGAACUUUUUGAAGACCGUGAAAUGGCCAUUCAUAAAACGUCAUAUCUCUGCAUUUACUAAUGUGGCUUGCAAAGUUAACAAUAUGACUCAAAUCCACUGCUAAAAUUUAUGGACUCUAUAUGGUUUCUUCUUAAUGCCGUAGAGGUUUUCCGUAUGCGGAAAAUAUAGGGCUUGUAGUUUCGAAACCGUGAAUGCAAGUGUAACAGCGAGUCGGGUUCAAAAUUAUUCGGGAAUUGGAAGUCUUUUAAAACAGAAUUAUACCCAUUCUUUGAGAAUAAACUUGGAAGAAUGCGUAAUUUUCUACCGAAUGAGCAAGAGAAGGAACGUUUUUAUGCAUGUUUUCUAUGAAAUAUAAUUAAAUUUUUAAGGGCAUCUAAAAUCAAUGAGACAAAUGCAUGAUACAUAAGUAGUCAUUUUUUUACAGAGUAUGGCUUAUGCAUGUAAGUGGAAAGAAGUUCGUUCGAAAGCCAGCAUCCCGGAAUAUGCUGCAGGAUGAUUAGUUUUACAACCCUGCUUCAUUGAUAUUUUCGAAACGAAAACGCAUUUUGGAAUUUCGGUUGACAUUUCACGAGUAAGCUUACCUACUCUAUAAUUUAAAAAUUCGUGGACGCCUAAGUAAGGUACUUACUAGUUCCAAGCGGUCGGGUCGACUGGAUGCACAGUUUGUUUAUUUUUCCGAUUAUUGGACCUCUUGUUUGAGUCCCCUGUCAGAGCGAACACGCGGAAAUAUUAACUGCUAAUUAAGUGAUGACCUGCUUAUUUGAUAUCACGUAAUAUGACAGUUCUACCGUCGUUUCCGUCGACGCCCACCGUGUGCGUCACAACAGGGCGGACGCAGGGACGGAAAAUUGUGCGUUAGUUAGUUUAUAAUGACGGUGCAUUUGCGUUGUAUCUACCGCACUCUCCUCCUCCACCCUCUCGAACCCGGUAUCCAGAUACAGUCAAGAAGACCGGGGGAGAGGAUGGGACGCAGGUGUCUGGCGCGGCACGAGCAUGCGCCCUGGUGAGCCAACUCAGCCCCACGUGUGGCAUUUGCUACGGAUGUGCAGUCUAAUAGCGCAUACCGGAUCCUGAUCAGGCUCCCCGUGUUGGUCCAGCGCAACCCUCGUGCGGUCCGUUGUAGGGGGCCAUACCACGUAAUGUAAAUAAAAUAUAAUAUAUAAAUACAUUCUCAAUUGUCGAAAAACAAAAUUUUUGCCCACUUGUGCUUCAACAAUGCCGGACUGGCAGACGACAGUACACCUAGUAGAAAAGUAGAGAGGGCGAAUACUUUAAUGUCGCUAUCGGCAUAAUUGCUCGAGUAGACUUCUACACUCUUAAGGAAGAAGAAGACCCAGAAAUUGGACGUUUCGGUCAGUGGCCAGUGUGCAACUCGAAACAAGACCGACUGGCUGACUCGUGAAAGUCUACGUCCGUUUCCUCAUCUCUGAUGGCUGAUUUUUACACGAACCCAGAUGCUCAUAGAGUAACUACGUGCUCCCAGCACUGUUGUCCUCUUUUUCCUAGCCCACGGUUUCGUGGACGAACGAACUGUUCCAUCAAAAUCACAACUUUUGAGGAUGGUCUGAUUUUGGGGGCGUCGAACAAAAAAGAGAUUCGUCGGAGCAUGUUGCUUAGAAUUUGUUGACUGGUGAAAUAUACACACACGUCAGUUGACUUCUCCGCAGUCCCCUUGUCAUGUGGUUAUACAAAUAAUAUUUCAUGAUCUUAUGAUGCUGUCAUACCGUAGACCAAUUCCCUUGAUUGACUCAAUCAAUUUACGGCUAGUGACCUAACUCAUGAAAUUUGUCGAAAUUUACGAAUGAUUACCAAUCACUCGCGAACCGACACCAUUUCAUGAGUCUAAUGUCUAUGUUAAUUAAGCAAAAGUUUAAAAGAAUAAAAUACAUAAAAGAAAUAUUAUAGGCAGUGUUGCGUUGUUUAGAAAUGCCGUUUUAUUUUGAAAAGCGCAAUAUCCCGAAAACGUCAGGAAUGGCUCUAAUUGAGUAAACUUCGUUUUUAGAUGUAAAGAAUGUAUUUUCAUACCAAAAGCAUAAUAAAUAUGAAAGUAGACAUAAAAGAAAGUCCAGUAAUAGAGUUUUUGUGAAGUUUACAUCUAAAUAUCGUUUAAUAAGUAGUGUGAUUUCAUAUAUGACGGUUUGUCAACUGCCUACAUUCUGAGUGUAGAUUCCAAAACAGUUUCCCAGUGAUACGUGUUAUUUUUGAUUCUUUUGAAGUAAAUAAGAUGGGGUUCAACAAGAGAAGCCGGAGUUUGAUUGAUUUCACCAAUGGGGACGUCGUAGGAACAAAAGUCCUCAGAAGGUGACAUGCCAUGAGGCCGGUCGAUGUCUAAUAAAUUUAAAUAGAACUGACAGUCGUGAUCGUAAACAUAGCACUUUGUAGAUAUGGUGAUACCGACAAAGACAAGGGAGACCGGGAUGGUCAGUUCUGGUUUAUUAGCCGUCAUCAGCCAGUCAUACCCAACCCCAAGUGUGGAUCACUUGAGAUUCAAACCCGAGAUCUUUGGUCAUGUGGUUGUAGAGAGAACGUCUCUUCCGUUAAAUUAAUUUAUACUUUUCCUUCGCUGAGAUGCGUAACCGGAGUCUUGGACAUGUAUUAGCAUAGGAAAUUGCACGAAUAUAUUCCAACGUCCAUUUUCGCUAAAAUUUACUGAUAUUUUACUUGAUAUAAUUACGUAAACACAAUUUCUGCACAAGAAAAGGACAUUUAAUUGAAGGAAGUGGAUGAGCGAACAAAAUGCUCACCGUUAAAGGCUUCCAGAAAUUUUCUCAUCAGUUUCCGUUAUCAGAUUUCAUGAGACAGAUCACAUACUCUAAUGUUCUUUGAUUUAUUAAACGCCUGCAGCCACUUUCGGACCCAAAAGCCUGGAGCGAGUCCAGAGUGCAGACGGACUCUGAGACGGUCAAGUAUAUCAACAGUCGUGACUUGUCUUGGAUGCCGCAACUCUCCACAAAAGAGACGGAACAAAGUGCCUACACCUCCAUCGCUUCUACCAGUCCGAAUGCCUCUAGUCUGCCCUGUGCUGCUGAAUCAGAGUCUGAGGCAGACUACGAACACCGGUACGAAUGUCUCCCGUCAGCGGAGAAGGCGGACACAACGACAAAAUCCACAGGCUAUGGACUAUUCAUAACCCCAGCCGCUGCCACGGGCGUCCGCCAGCUAGGCUCCAUUCCGGAAGCCGAAGAGGUCAUCAGCCCCGCCCCUGGUCUGGAUGUAGAGACGGGAGAAUAUCGAAGUCAAACGCCCGAGCGAACCGGUGGACCGUCCGGUUUGACUGGAGGCAUGUCGUGCACGACUAGGAGACCCACAUCCUUGCCUCUGCCUGUAUUUCCUGAAAUUCCGGAAAAUGUAACUAUUUAUUUAUAUAUUACUGUAAAUCAUUUAGUAACCUUUGUAAACAUAAGGCAGGGGAGAGGCGUCCUUGUGCGUCAUGCGUACCUUACAAGGCAAGUUGCCGAAUAAACACUAGUGUCGGAAGAUGGGUAGUCGAAUUCACUGCCCGAAACGGUAGACACUGAAUACGUCCCUUCCAGUGAUGGCUUCUACGUCUGACAUUUCAAAUAACAGUAUAUUUUUAUAUGGCAGUAUUUCAUGGGCGUCCUUGGGGGAGAAAAAAACAAGUUAAGACAGCGCUCUGUCCUUGUUGGAGUGCCUGACCAAAUCGCAGCUCAAUUUUUAGGAAAUUUGAAACUAGAAGUCCGAACGGCUUUAUCAUCGGUCCAAUGACGUUUCAAAUGUGACUAAUGGUUUUCUUCAUAAUCAAAGUGAAUAAAGUUUAGCCUUUCUCGUGACCGGACGCUUUGCUUUAAAAAUAGGAAAAUAUCACUUACUCUGAAGGUUACUUAUACCGUCUCGGGCUUCGUAUCUAACAGAUUUUGUUUUAAAUUUUCCUUUUCAAAAGCUCGAACAACACCAGUCAGCGUCUAGCACUUCAUACAUAUCGGGCACGGUGCCGGUGGAAGAAUAUCUUGAGCCACGUGACGAGCUAGAAGCGCUGGAAACAUACCAUAACGAUGAUAUUGUUGCAAUCUCAGAAGGUGAGUUCGUGAUUUGACUGCUCAGAUAUGUAAGCAGUCUAGGCGGAUGAGUGUAAAAAAUGUACACAGAUUCUUCUGUCAUGAGAAUGUACAAAAGAAUAAAUUGUCACUUUCCAUUUCCACAAAUUUCGCAGCUCCAACAGGAGAUCAAGCAGGACUGUAGACCUCAUCUGGUUUCUACCACCUUCCCCCGUUCUUCACAAAAGUCUUCAAUCAUAAAACAUGACGCAUCAGUGUUUGUGUCAACUGUUCAGACGCUUUCUCUACGCUGAAUAGGUGAAAGUCCAUUGGCAAAGCUUAACCGGGAGCAAAUCAGAUAGAAGCGGGAACAACCUCAAACCUACCAAGCCUAGUGCACAGCCGUAAGACACUGCUACAAGUAGUAGCAGCUCAAAGGUUGGGGUACAAGGGGAUACUAGUGCGGAAUUUACGGUCAACGCCAGUCGAUAGGGCGGAAGACAACGCCCUGAGGAUGACCCUGAGAUUCACGCUGGUCCUUAUUUUCAGUGCCAGCCUGACCUUGACAAACGUACAAUCGCAUUCAGACAACCUGUUCAAUAGGAAAGCAAUCUUUUAGGUCUUUUGGGCUGCAGAUAUAGCUGGGUAAAACUAGUGGAUCUGGCCCUAGUGCUACGGGUGAGGCCGAUUUGAACUGAAUGCGUCCCAGCGCUCCUUUGUUAAGAGAAGUCUUCGAAAAUAAUGUGCUGCCACAAAAAUUUCCUGGACGUCCUGCCAGCUCAAAGUAUUUGCCCAGACAGCUUUUAGAGUUUUUUAAACAUGGAGCAGUGUGUCUUAAAGGCCCAGUAAAAGGUUUGUCUGUUUUGUUUUGUGUGGCAAAAGGCGAAUAAAGGCAUUUAUUUCUUAACAGAGCUAUUACAGUCAAAAACACCCUGAGCACUGUUGACCACUUCAAGCAAAAUGUCCAAAUUUCACUUCCAGGAAAAUAGGCAUGCAACUGGAACAGUUAAUGUUCUGCUGUCGGUGAAUUAGAAAAAAUUCCGAUACAUUUCUUGUUUUCAUGAUGCUGAUCCCCCAGACCAGCAGCAGUAAAUAUCUUUUGGUCAGUUGUUUCGAAGAAGACCAGCUGAUUCAGAAGUUGGUUCUAGAAGCAUCUAUUUUUUGUAAGUUAUCUUUAAGUUUAUGCAUGCAAUUUGGCAGAUUACCCACCUAAAUCCCAUGGAAACCUUUUGAAUUGCUUCAACUUAAGAAAUCACUCACCUCUCUUCUGCAACUUAUGCUCCGGUAGGAACUUAUUAUACAGGGUGUUUCUGGAUUGUGGAACCAUAGAAAAGCAAAGAGUGAUUGCCCAAAUGCUUUUCUUUGUAUACUCUGUUUAGUCUAUGCGCCCUUUCUGACAAAACACGCCUUAUGACGUCCACUCUGGUGAACAGGCGUACAAUGGAUAGCUUCAGUCGUUGCGUGCUAUGACAUGUGUCCACAACGCGCUGCCGCAGAUGAUCGACACUGCUUCUUGUCCCUCAGUGUACAAGCACUGUUAAGAGACUUUAGAGGUAAAAGUCGGGUUCCAUGAUGUCCGGCUUCCUCAUCGAACACUUCGCCGGUCUUUGAUCAAAAAAGUGCUUGGUCCAAUAACUUUCAUAAUGCUGUGACAUAAAGUGCGGAAAACGUCUUUCAAGGCACUGGAGGUUUCUUCGUCCGGGAGCAUGUGCAUAAUGGAUGUUUCAAAUGACAUGUUCACUAAGAUUCAAGUUAAGGAUAUGCGGUCCAUCCGGAUGCUAUGCGAUUACCUGAUUUCCAUUCUGUUCCCGUGAGUUAGUGAAACAGGGUGUUUGGGUGUCAGACCGUUUGCAAGUAUGCUGUCAAUUUAUUUUGCCGCCUUCAGGGAAAAUAGUCUUAGCUGGCCAAUCAAGCAAGCUUUCAACCACAACAAGUGAGGGUCACGCGCUUAUUAACAAAGGCAAGGAAGAGCGAAGUGGCCGUUUCUGACGUGCUAACCACCACCAGUCAGUCACUCUGUCAUCAUAUAUAUAUUUUUGAAAUCAAAUACUUUCUUUGGGAAAAGGAGAAAACUUUACUGAGUAAAUUUUCAACGUCGGUUCCCCGUAUCGUCGUCAGACUAGAGUAAGUGUGCAGAAUACAAUUAACAUUUCAAACGUGCUACAAAAUCAAUACUCUUUUGGUGAUUUAGGUAGUAAGUUGCCGUCGUAUGCGUCAAUUCGUAUUGAUCGGCUUUCAUCUUUUCCAAUUUUCUCUGAGAUUUUUGUACGUGGCAUCUUACGCGAUACGCUUGUUAAUGCAUGACCCAUCGGAGUGCCGAUCAAUACGGACUGACGCAUACGACGGCAACUUACUGGCUGAAGCACCAAAUGAAUAUUGAUUUUGUAGCACGUUUGAAAUGUUAAUUGUUUUCUGCACAUUUACUCUAUUCUGACGACGACGACAAGCGGAAAAGACGUCGAAAAUUUACUCAAUAAAGUUUUCUCCUUUUCCCAAAGAACGCAUUUGAUUUCAAAUUAUAUUUCUUGGGAUGCCUGUGUUCCAAUAUAUAUUUCGAAAGAAAUAAGUUCUUUAGGGAAGAUAACGCGAUUUAUUUGUAACUUUUCGACUUGCGAAACCAAAGUCGAAAAUUUACAAAUAAAUUGAGUUAUCUUUCCAAAAAAACUUAUUUCUCUCGAAUUAUGCUUCUUGGGAUACCCAUUUUCGAAUUCCUAUAUAUAUAUAUUUGAGGGUAUAUCACAUAAUCUAAGGGGUAGAUUGAUACAGCAAUGUUUCGGGCUUGUUUACCCUCAUCCAGCCAAUCAUAACCCUGACCACCAGCUGGGACCGGAAACACAAACAUGCGCACAGACACUCCUGGCGCAGGUGGUCCAUCACUGGGGUCCACCAGAUGCGUCAUAAGCAUUUCAUUAGACCGAAUUUCAUCAGUGCCUCGUUACCUGCCAUUCUCUGUCGCUGCAGAUCGUGUAUAUGUAUAUUUACGGCAUAGUUCAAAAUUUCAGUGGGGUCUAGUAUGGUUCCGCGCAUACUGCACUCCGUCUGGUCUCAGACCGGAGAACUCCUCUAUGAGUUGCCACACAUACAGAUUCUGCAAAAGAUAACUGCCGAUCGACUGUCUUCUUAUAUUCCCAAGCCUCGAAAUGUUCUUACCCCAAAGAUCACGAUGUGACCGUCCGUUUGGGAAAACUAUGGAAUUUUUUGAAUGUAAUUAGCAUUUGUGAGUGGGCUUCCCUGUCCAUCGUAGACCUUCACAGUUUGUGUGUAAACCGACAACAUGCAUUGGGCGUGACAUGAAAACGCGACAUAAAAAUAUCCAGAUACGUCAGUUCUCAUCCCCCCUUCCACUGCUCAUGUUUUUCAAUUUUCCUAUUUCUUAGGCAAUCAUGAAGACGUGUGCAUCUGA